AUGACCGGUCUUGUGUCAUGUCCCAGCGGUCUGCUAGUCAUUGGCCUCUGCCUCGCACUUUCCUCCGUCAACGCCCAGUCAGCGAUAUGGACCAAUGAAGGUAAGAGACACUAACCCUAACCCAAACCCCUGUAAGACAUGGACCAAUAACGUAAAGACUAAAUCAGCCCUACUGUAUAACAGCUCUACCCUGCACCUUAGAGACUGCUGCCCUGUGUACCGUUGAAGUCGGAAGUUUACAUACACCUUAGCCAAAUACAUUUAAACUCAGUUUUUCACAAUUCCUGACAUUUAAUCCUAGUACAAAUUCCCUGUCUUAGGUCAGUUAGGAUCACCAGUUUAUUUUAAGAAUGUGAAAUGUCAGAAUAAUAGUAGAGAGAAUGAUUUAUUUAAGCUUUUAUUUCUUUCAUCACAUUCCCAGUGGGUCAGAAGUUUACAUGCACUCAAUUAGUAUUUGGUAGCAUUGCCUUUAAAUUGUUUAACUUGGGUCAAACGUUUUGGGUAGCCUUCCACAAGCUUCCCACAAUAAGUUGGGUGAAUUUUGGCCCAUUCCUCCUGACAGAGCUGGUGUAACUGAGUCAGGUUUGUAGGCCUCCUUGCUCGCUCACGCUUUUUCAGUUCUGCCCACAAUUUUCUAUAGGAUUGAGGUCAGGACUUUGUGAUGGCCACUCCAAUACCUUGACUUUGUUGUCCUUAAACCAUUUUGCCACAACUUUGAAAGUAUGCUUGGGGUCAUUGUCCAUUUGGAAGACCCAUUUGCGACCAAGCUUUAACUUCCUGACUGAUGUCUUGAGAUGUUGCUUCAAUCUAUCCACAUAAUUUUCCUUCCUCAUGAUGCCAUCUAUUUUGUGAAGUGCACCAGUCCCUCCUGCAGCAAAGCACCCCCUCAGCAUGAUGCUGCCACCCCCGUGCUUCACGGUUGGGAUGGUGUUCUUCGGCUUGCAAGCGACCCCCUUUUUCCUCCAAACAUAACGAUGGUCAUUAUGGCCAAACAGUUCUAUUUUUGUUUCAUCAGACCAGAGGCCAUUUCUCCAAAAAGUACGAUCUUUGUCCCCAUGUGCAGUUGCAAACCGCUUUGCACACUCUUGGCAUUCUCUCAACCAGCUUCACCUGGAAUGCUUUUACAACAGUCAUGAAGGAGUUCCCACAUAUGCUGAGCACUUGUUGGCUGCUUUUCCUUCACUCUGCCGUCAAACUCAUCCCAAACCAUCUCAAUUGGGUUGAGGUCGGGGGAUUGUGGACGCCAGGUCAUCUGAUGCAGCAUUCCAUCACUCUCCUUCUUGGUAAAAUAGCCCUUACACAGCCUGGAGGUGAGUUGGGUCAUUGUCCUGUUGAAAAACAAAUGAUAGUCCCACUAAGCACAAACCAGAUGAGAUGGCGUAUCGCUGCAGAAUGCUGUGGUAGCCAUGCUGGUUAAGUGUGCCUUGAAUUCUAAAUAAAUCACAGACAGUGUCACCAGAAAAGCACCCCCACACCAUAACACCUCCUCCUCCAUGCUUUACGGUGGGAAAUACACAUGCAGAGAUCAUCCGUUCACCCACACCGCUUCUCACAAAGACACGGCGGUUGGAACCAAAAAUCUCCAAUUUGGACUCCUGACCAAUAGACACAUUUCCACCGGUCUAAUGUCCAUUGCUCCUGUUUCUUGGCCCAAGCAGGUCUCUUCUUAUUAUUGGUGUCCUUUAGUAGUGGUUUCUUGCAGCAAUUUGAACAUGAGGCAUGACUAACACAGUCUCCUCUGAACAGUUGAUGUGUCUGUUACUUGAACUCUGUGAAGCAUUUAUUUGGGCUGCAAUUUCUGAGGCUGGUAACUCUAAUGAACUUGUCCUCUACAGCAGAGGUAACUCUGGGUCUUCCAUUCCUGUGGUGGUCCUCAUGAGAGCCAGUUUCAUCAUAGCGCUUGAUGGUUUUUGCAACUGCACUUCAAGAAACUUUCAAAUUUCUUGAAAUGUUCCAUAUUGACUGACCUUCAUGUCUUAAAGUAAUGAUGGACUGUCGUUUCUCUUUGCUUAUUUGAGCUGUUCUUGCCAUAAUAUGGACUUGGUCUUUUACCAAAUAGGGCUAUCUUCUGUAUACCACCCCUACCUUGUCUCAACACAACUGAUUGGCUCAAAUUCAUUAAGAAGGAAUGAAAUUCCACAAAUUAACUUUUAAGAAGGCACACCUGUUAAUUGAAAUGCAUUCUAGGUGACUACCUCAUGAAGCAGGUUGAGAGAAUGCCAAGAGUGUGCAAAGCUGUCGUCAAGGCAAAGUGUGGCUACUUUGAAGAAUCUCAAAUAUAAAAUAUAUUUUGAUUUGUUUAACACUUUUUUGGUUACUACAUGAUUCCACAUGUGUUAUUAGAUUUGAUGUCUUCACUAAUUAUUCUACAAUGUAGAAAAUAGUAAAAAUAAAGAAAAACCCUGGAAUGAGUAGGUGUGUCCAAACUUUUGACCAUUACUUUAUGUGCAUAUUAUGUGUGAGUAAACAGAGAGUGUUUGUGUGAGUACGCAAGGCCCUGCAUAGAGACGGAGCAAAACAAAAAAUGAAAGGUCAAUAAAGAUACAAGGUUAUUUUGUUUUGUGUGUGAGUGUGUUGAGUCCUGUGAGCGUGCAUAAAGACAGUGCAACAUUUUUAAUUAAAUAAAGGGUCAACUCAGAUAGUCCGUGUAGCCAAUCUCUUAGCUAUGUAUCAGUCUUAUGGCUUGGGGAUAGAAGCUGUUCAGGAGCCUGUUGGUGUCAGACUUGAUGCACCGGGAACCUCUUGCCGUGUGGAAGCAGAGAGAACCGUCUAUGGCUUGGGGGGCUGGAGUCUUUAACGAUUUUCCAGGCCUUCCUACCACACCAACCUGAUAUAGAGGUCCUGGAUAGCAGGGAACUCUGCCCCAUUGAUGUACUGGGCUGUCCGCACCACCUGAUAUAGAGGUCCUGGAUAGCAGGGAACUCUGCCCCAUUGAUGUACUGGGCUGUCCGCACCACCUGAUAUAGAGGUCCUGGAUAGCAGGGAACUCUGCCCCAUUGAUGUACUGGGCUGUCCGCACCAACCUCUGUAGCGCCAUACGAUCGAGGGCAGUGCUAUUGCCAUACCAAGCAGUGAUGCAGCCAGUCAAAAUACUCUCAAUGGUGCAGCUGUAGAACGUUUUGAGGAUUUGAGGGCCCCCAUGUCAAACUUGUUCAACCUCCUGAUGUUUUUCAAGGGCUUCUUCACGACUGUGCGUGUGUGUUUGGACCAUUUUAAGUCUUUAGUGAUUUGUACUCAGAGGAACUUGAAGCUCUCAACCUGGAAGCUCUCAAGCAUUGUUGGUUAAGGGCUUGUAAGUAAGCAUUUCACGGUAAGGUCUACACCUGCUUUAUUCGGCGCAUGUGACAAAUAAAAAUGUAUUUGAUUUGAUUCUCAGUUGAUUUGACUAUUGUCUCAUUCAUUUAAGCUAUUUGAGGUUUUUAGUAUAGUUGUCUAAUGUUGGUAUAUUAUUCUGUUUUAAUGUUACUCCUCAAUCACUAUGAUAAAUAUCAUAGUUUUUCUUUAGUGUAUUUUUAACAGAGCUGAGAUUUACUUUGAAGUGUAAAGUGUAAGAAUAAUGAAAUCAGUCAAUGACAUCUACCAUCUACCAUCUACCAUCUACCAUCUACCACCUACCAUCUACCAUCUACCAUCUACCAUCUACCAUCUACCAUCUACCACCUACCACCUACCAUCUACCAUCUACCAUCUACCAUCUACCACCUACCACCUACCAUCUACCAUCUACCACCUACCAUCUACCAUCUACCAUCUACCAUCUACCAUCUACCACCUACCACCUACCACCUACCACCUACCAUCUACCAUCUACCACCUACCACCUACCACCUACCACCUACCACCUACCACCUACCAUCUACCAUCUACCAUCUACCAUCUACCACCUACCACCUACCACCUACCACCUACCAUCUACCAUCUACCACCUACCAUCUACCAUCUACCAUCUACCAUCUACCACCUACCAUCUACCAUCUACCAUCUACCAUCUACCAUCUACCAUCUACCAUCUACCAUCUACCAUCUACCAUCUACCAUCUACCACCUACCACCUACCACCUACCACCUACCAUCUACCAUCUACCAUCUACCAUCUACCAUCUACCAUCUACCACCUACCACUACCAUCUACCAUCUACCAUCUACCAUCUACCACCUACCAUCUACCAUCUACCAUCUACCAUCUACCAUCUACCAUCUACCAUCUACCAUCUACCAUCUACCAUCUACCAUCUACCAUCUACCACCUACCACCUACCACCUACCAUCUACCAUCUACCAUCUACCAUCUACCACAGUAUAUGUUUUAUACAACAGCCUUCUGUGUUAUUCUCUUUUCGACUCCAUCCGCAAUCAAACGCCAGAUUUUUCUCCAUCUCCUUAGCUAUCAUACUCUGCUUCCACCGGGCAUUCCACUGAUUUUAAAACUUGGUCCUCCAGAAAGUGGAGAGCCGUAGCAACACUUUCACAGUUCUUCAUGAUAUCUUUCAAAAAAGCGGCUUUAGAAAGGAUUACCUACACAUACUAAGCAGUUCAUGUUAUAGACAGAAGUGUGCUACGUGGUAAACCAAUCCGGACUCAUCUCUCGCCAUGUCCAGCCCAUCCAUUAUAACAGCCAAUCAUGGCUAGUGGGAAGGUUCCUGACUUUUUCUGUGGCUAAACCAACUAGGCUCGUAAUUUAACAAUUUUAUUUGUAUUUACAGAUGGCAUACAAGUUUGUUAUUAAGCCACAUGAAAGUUCACGUUCCAGAAGUUUCUGUUUCUGCCAAAAAACGAUUUAGAUUUUUUUACCCUCAAAUGCCUCUCCUGUGAAGUAGUGAAACUAGUCAAUUUUUACAAAUUAAUUAAAAAUGAAAAGCUGAAAUGUCUUCAUUCAAUAAUUAUUCAACCCCUUUGUUAUGGAUAGCCUAAAUAAGUUCAUGAGUAAAAAUGUGCUUAACAUUCAUAAUAAGUUGCACUGUGUGCAAAAAUUGUGUUUAAAAUGAUUUUUGAAUGACUACCCCAUCUCGGUACCACACACAUACAAUUAUCUGUAAGGUCCCUCAGUCGAGCAGUGAAUUUCAAACACAGAUUCAACCACAAAGACCAGGGAGGUCUUCCAAUGCCUCGCAAAGAAGGGCAAAUAUUGGUAGAUGGGUAAAAAUAAAAAAAAGCAGACAUUGAAUAUCCCUUUGAGCAUGGUGAAGUUAUUAAUUACACUUUGGAUGGUGUAUCAAUACACUCAGUCACUACAAGGAUACAGGCGUCCUUCCUAACUCAAUUGCCAGAAAGGAAGGAAACCGCUCUCAGGGAUUUCACCAUGAGGCCAACGGUGACUGUAAAACAGUUAGAGAGUUUAAUGGCUGUGAUAGGAGAAAAUGGAGGAUGGAUCAACAACAUUGUAGUUACUCCACAAUACUAACCUAUUUGACAGAGUGAAAAGAAGGAAGCCUGUACAGAAUACAAAUAUUCAAAAAAAUGCAUCCUGUUUGCAACAAGGCACUAAAGUAAAACUGCAACAAAAAAAAGAAUUUCAGUAUUUCAUUUUCAAUUCAUUUGCAAACAAUUCUAAAAACAUGUUUUCACUUUGUCAUUAUGGGGUAUUGAGUGUAGAUGGGUGAGAUGUUUUGUUGUUGAUUUAAUCCAUAUUGAAUCCGGUCUGUAACACAACACAAUGAAUACUGUCUGAAGGCACCUAUUCGGCUGCAAACGGUAGUUUACAAAUCCUGACUGUCCUGAAGACUUAUAGGAGGACUGUAACUGUUUAUAGAUGGUUGCUAUGUAACAGCAGCCACAACAGGAAGCUCUAACAUGUCUUUGUGUAGAGAGACUAUACUUUAGGUCAUAGGGGUUGUAAAUCCUGAAGCUCUUACAUCUCUGCCUUGUCUAGUUUCAGAUGUUCAGUAUGGGAGGCUGGGGUCCAACGUCACGCUGGUGUGUGGAGCGGCACUGGACAGGUAUGUUCCCUAUACAGGGCUCUGGGGGGGUCUGGACAGGUAUGUUCCCUAUACAGGGCUCUGGGGGGGUCUGGUCAGGUAUGUUCCCUAUACAGGGCUCUGGGGGGGGUCUGGACAGGUAUGUUCCCUAUACAGGGCUCUGGGGGGGUCUGGGAUGGGGAUGUUCCCUAUACAGGGCUCUGGGGGGGUCUGGACAGGUAUGUUCCCUAUACAGGGCUCUGGAGGGGUCUGGUCAGGUAUGUUCCCUAUACAGAGCUAUGGGGGGUCUGGACAGGUAUGUUCCCUAUACAGGGCUCUGGGGGGGUCUGGACAGGUAUGUUCCCUAUACAGGGCUCUGGGGGGGGUCUGGGAUGGGGAUGUUCCCUAUACAGGGCUCUGGGGGGGUCUGGGAUGGGGAUGUUCCCUAUACAGGGCUCUGGGGGGGUCUGGACAGGUAUGUUCCCUAUGCAGGGCUCUGGGGGGGUCUGGACAGGUAUGUUCCCUAUACAGGGCUCUGGGGGGGUCUGGACAGGUAUGUUCCCUAUACAGGGCUCUGGGGGGGUCUGGGAUGGGGAUGUUCCCUAUACAGGGCUCUGGGGGGGUCUGGUCAGGUAUGUUCCCUAUACAGGGCUCUGGGGGGGGGGAUGUUCCCUAUACAGGGCUCUGGGGGGGUCUGGACAGGUAUGUUCCCUAUGCAGGGCUCUGGGGGGGUCUGGGAUGGGGAUGUUCCCUAUACAGGGCUCUGGAAGGGGGUCUGGGAUGGGGAUGUUCCCUAUACAGGGCUCUGGGGGGGUCUGGACAGGUAUGUUCCCUAUACAGGGCUCUGGGGGGGUCUGGACAGGUAUGUUCCCUAUACAGGGCUCUGGGGGGGGGGUCUGGACAGGUAUGUUCCCUAUACAGGGCUAUGGGGGGGUCUGGGAUGGGGAUGUUCCCUAUACAGGGCUCUGGGGGGGUCUGGGAUGGGGAUGUUCCCUAUACAGGGCUCUGGGGGGGGUCUGGACAGGGAUGUUCCCUAUACAGGGCUCUGGGGAGGGGUCUGGACAGGUAUGUUCCCUAUACAGGGCUCUGGGGGGCCUGGACAGGUAUGUUCCCUAUACAGGUCUCUGGGGGGGGUCUGGGAUGGGGAUGUUCCCUAUACAGGGCUCUGGGGGGGUCUGGACAGGUAUGUUCCCUAUACAGGGCUCUGGGGGGGUCUGGACAGGUAUGUUCCCUAUACAGGGCUCUGGGGGGGUCUGGACAGGGGAUGUUCCCUAUACAGGGCUCUGGGGGGGUCUGGUAUGGGGAUGUUCCCUAUACAGGGCUCUAGGGGGGUCUGGACAGGUAUGUUCCCUAUACAGGGCUCUGGGGGGGGGUCUGGACAGGUAUGUUCCCUAUACAGGGCUCUGGGGGGGUCUGGACAGGGGAUGUUCCCUAUACAGGGCUCUGGGGGGGUCUGGUAUGGGGAUGUUCCCUAUACAGGGCUCUGGGGGGGUCUGGACAGGUAUGUUCCCUAUGCAGGGCUCUGGGGGGGUCUGGACAGGUAUGUUCUCUAUACAGGGCUCUGGGGGGUCUGGACAGGUAUGUUCCCUAUACAGGGCUCUGGGGGGGUCUGGACAGGUAUGUUCCCUAUACAGGGCUCUGGGGGGGUCUAGGAUGGGGAUGUUCCCUAUACAGGGCUCUGGGGGGGGGGGGGGGGGGGGGUCUGGGAUGGGGAUGUUCCAUAUACAGGGCUCUGGGGGGGUCUGGACAGGUAUGUUCCCUAUACAGGGCUCUGGGGGGGGUCUGGACAGGUAUGUUCCCUAUACAGGGCUCUGGGGGGGUCUGGACAGGUAUGUUCCCUAUACAGGGCUCUGGGGGGGUCUGGACAGGUAUGUUCCCUAUACAGGGCUCUGGGAGGGGUCUGGGAUGGGGAUGUUCCCUAUACAGGGCUCUGGGGGGGUCUGGACAGGUAUGUUCCCUAUACAGGGCUCUGGGGGGGUCUGGGAUGGGGAUGUUCCCUAGGCAUAACUAGCUCUGGGGUGUCAGUCAGUCUAUUUUAGGACAUAUUGUCCUUUCUCCUGGAGGUCAUUCUACCAUGUGACUAAUGCUUAGCCCCUAGCUGUUAAACCUCUUAAUUUAACUACAUGUAUUUAUCAUGAGAUGACCAUGAACAAUAACAUGAAAUGCUGCACACUCCAAGAAAGGUUAGAAUCUCAUCUUUCUGAUAAAAAUAGUUAUACAUUGCUGAGGUGUGGUCACUUUUGAGGACACAAGCUCAAGUACACAGUACAAAAAUAAAGACAUAUAUCCUAUUCAAUAAAUGACAGAUUUCCUAUUCAACAAAACUGUAUGAAUAAGGCUUGAAAUGACUUAUAAACUUUCUAAAUAUAGUAUAAUCAAAUUUUAAAACCACUAACUCUAAGAUGUCACCUUCCCUAUAACUGUAAAAUACAUAAUUGUAUGUUCAGUGUUAGAGUAAAUUUGCAUAUUUUCUAAAUGUUUUUGAUCAAAACAUCUGAACGUCACACUGAGCUCUAGCUCGGCUUCCUGGACUCGUUAGGAACUCACCUUUCAUCUCAUAUUAAUAAUAUUGUCCAUCUACGACAAACAGAAAGUGUUUGUUGUUAAAAAUCUAUGAAUUAUUUUAGAUUAAUGGCUAUAAAUUCAACCUCUGAAUGUGCUACAGUGAUGAAACCAUUCUCUCCUGCUGCACUACGAUGUAAGGAUUGCAGGCCAUUAAUCUAAAUGUGGCUGUGACAUAGGGUUCAGCCAGGAAGUGGUGUAGUGGUCUAAGGCGUGGUGCAGUGGUCGAAUCCAGGCUCUGUCGCAGCCGGCCGCGACCGGGAGACCCAUGGGGCACAAUUGGCCCAGCGUCGUCCAGGGUAGGGGAGGGAAUGGCCGGCAGGGAUGUAGCUCAGUUGAUAGAGCGUGGUGUUUGCAAUGCCAGGGUUGUGGGUUCGAAUCCCACGGGGGGCCAGUAUGAAAAAUUAAAAAAUAAUGUAUGCACUCACUAACUGUAAGUCGCUCUGGAUAAGAGCGUCUGCUAAAUGACUAAAAUGUAUAUGUAAGAGCCAAUGAAAUGGCAAGAGGGACAUCCCAGCUUCAAGUGGUUUCAGAUUUCACAUCCUACUUCACACAGGCACAAAACAUAUACUACUGUGUCCGUGGGAACCAGGGCUAUCCCUCAAUGCAAGCCAUUUCCAUCCACAUUGUCCACAGACAUCAUAAUGUCUCUGCAGGACAUCAGUGGAGUGGCGUCUGAACAGGAGGUCCGUGUUACCAUGGCAGCACCGAGUGACAUCAGAUGGUCAUCUGGUCCUCCUGCAUGCCGACCACACCGCUGAGGGGAACUACAGCUGCAGUGAUGACCAGGGAUUCCUCAUCCAGACAACCCGACUCAGGCUGGGGCGUAAGUCUCCCCUUCCCUCUACCACGCUAGAUAGAUUCAUAGACUCAGGCUGAGACCUAAGUUGUAAUAUUAAUCAUUCCUUGGAAAGGAUACCGGGGAGAGCUGCAGUCAGGGAACAAUAACAACAGUUCCCUUCAGCUCCCAGCACUUCAUUCGUCGGACAGGAAAUGACAACGUCAGUCCAUUCAGCUUCCUGAUAAGAGGGGCAAGGCCAGAGACUUGACCACUUGAAUAAGACAGAGAGAGGACCAGUAGUAUUAUUUAUACACACAUUGAGCUGUGAGGAAUCCCAUCGUUGUAAACCUUUAUGUAUUGGGUUGUUGAGUAUUUGUAGGUGUAUCAUCUUCAGAAAGACUGAGUCCCAGUGUGUAGAUAUUGUGAUCAUCAUUUCUCCUCUCUUCUUCCUCAGAUCCCCCCGGGCUGCUCAAUGUUUCCUGUCGUGUGUCCAAUCACAGCCUGGUAUUGUGUUCAUGGGUGGAGUCUGUGAAGACCCACCUGCCUGCCCAGUACCACGCCUCCUACAGGUAAGCCACCGUCCUCUCCUUUCCUACCGUACACAGAUAUAAUGGUGUUGAUGGUGAAGGACCUCCCUCUCUCCUCUCUCCCCCCCCCCAGGGGUAAUAAAAGCCAGGUGAGGAUGUGUGUGGUGUCCUCUCCCACCCAGAGACAGUGUACCAUCUCAGACCCCACCAUGUGGCAGCAAUACCAUGACAUCAACAUCACAGAGACCAACCCUCUGGGGUCACAUACCACCAUCCUCAUGGUCAAGUUACACGAGCUCUGUAGGUCACAACCUCAUCUGGACACUGUGUCUUUACCUGUCUGUCUUUACCUGUCUGUCUUUACCUGUCUUUACCCGUCUGUCUGUACCUGUCUUUUUCCCGUCUGUCUUUACCUGUCUGUCUUUACCUGUCUGUCUUUACCUGUCUGUACCUGUCUGUCUUUACCUGUCUGUCUUUACCCGUCUGUCUUUACCUGUCUGUACCCGUCUGUCUUUACCUGUCUGUCUUUACCCGUCUGUCUUUACCUGUCUGUACCUGUCUGUACCCGUCUGUCUGUACCUGUCUGUACCUGUCUGUCUUUACCUGUCUGUCUGUACCUGUCUGUCUUUACCUGUCUGUCUUUACCCGUCUGUCUUUACCUGUCUGUCUUUACCCGUCUGUCUUUACCUGUCUGUCUGUACCUGUCUGUCUUUACCCGUCUGUCUUUACCCGUCUGUCUUUACCUGUCUGUCUUUACCUGUCUGUCUUUACCUGUCUGUCUGUACCCGUCUGUCUUUACCUGUCUGUCUUUACCUGUCUGUCUUUACCUGUCUGUCUGUACCUGUCUGUCUUUACCUGUCUGUACCCGUCUGUCUUUACCUGUCUGUACCCGUCUGUACCCGUCUGUCUGUACCUGUCUGUACCUGUCUGUACCUGUCUGUACCUGUCUGUACCCGUCUGUACCCGUCUGUCUUUACCUGUCUGUACCCGCCUGUACCCGUCUGUCUGUACCUGUCUGUACCUGUCUGUCUGUACCUGUCUGCCUGUACCUGUCUGUCUGUACCUGUCUGUCUUUACCUGUCUUGGCUUUACCUGUCUGUAUGUAUGUUUGUCUGUCUGUCUGUACCCAUCUGUCUUGACCUGUCUGUCUUUACCUGUCUAUACCUGUCUUUAUUUACCUGUCUGUACCUGUGUGUCUUUACCUGUCUGUACCUGUCUGUCUUUACCUGUCUGUACCCGUCUGUCUUUACCUGUCUGUACCCGUGUGUUUUUACCUGUCUAAACCCAUCUGUCUUUACCUGUCCGUACCUGUCUGUCUUUACCUGUCUGUACCUGUCUGUCUUUACCUGUCUGUCUGUCUGUAUGUCAGUCUGUACCCGUGUGUCUGUAACUGAAUGUACCUGUCUCAAUCAAAUCAAUCAAAUGUAUUUAUAAAGCCCUUUUUACAUCACCCCUGGGCCAACUACACUCAAUCAUAGGACCUACUGAAGAGAUUAGUCUACAGUAAAGACUUAAAGGCCAAGACCGAGUCUGCGUCUCUCACAUGGAUAGGCAGACCAUUCCAUAAAAAUGGAGCUCUAUAGGAGAAAGCCUCCAGCUGUUUGCUUGGAAAUUCUAAGGACAACAAUGGGGCCUGCGUCUUGUGACCGUAGCGUACGUGUAGGUAUGUACGGCAGGACCAAAUCAGAGAGAUAGGUAGGAGCAAAUCCAUGUAAUGCUUUGUAGGUUAGCAGUAAAACCUUGAAAUCAGCCCUGGCCUUAACAGGAAGCCAGUGUAGAGAGGCUAGCACUGGAGUAAUAUGAUCACAUGGUUCUAGUCAAGAUUCUAGCAGCCGUGUUUAGCACUAACUGAAGUGUAGUUAGUGCUUUAUCCGUGUAGCCGGAGAGUAGAGCAUUGCCAUAGUAUAAUCUUGAAGUGACAAAAGCAUGGAUUAGCUUUUCUGCAUAAUUUUGCAAUGUUACGAAGAUGUAAAAAGGCUGCUCUUGAAAUAUUUUUGAUAUGUUCGUCAAAAGAGAGAUCAAGGUCCAGAGUAACAUCGAGGUCCCUCACGGUUUCAUUUGAGACGACUGUACAACCAUCGAGAUUCAUUGUCAGAUCCGACAGCAGAUGUCUUUGUUUCUUGGGACCUAGAACUAGGAUCUCUGUUUUGUCCGAGUAUAAAAGUAACACAUUUUCCGCCAUCCACUUCCUGAUGUCUGAAACACGCCUGGUGGGCAAUUCUGGGGCUUCACCAUGUUUCGUCAAAAUGUACAGCUGUGUGUCGUCCGCAUAGCAGCAAAAGUUGACAUUGUGUUUCCGAAUGACGUCACCAAGAGGUAGCAUAUAUAGUGAAAACAAUAGUGGUCCUAGAAUGGAACCUUGAUUAACACUGAAACUUACCAUUGUAACUGCCUGUACCUGCCUGUACCUGUCUGUACCCAUCUGUACCCGUCUGUACCCGUCUGUCUCGCUGUAUGUACAGUGGUACAAAAAGUAUUUAGUCAGCCACCAAUUGUGCAAGUUCUCCCACUUAAAAAGAUGAGAGAGGCCUGUAAUUUUCAUCAUAGGUACACGUCAACUAUGACAGACAAAUUGAGGAAAAAAAAUCCAGAAAAUCACAUUGUAGGAUUUUUUAUGAAUUUAUUUGCAAAUUAUGGUGGAAAAUAAGUAUUUGGUCACCUACAAACAAGCAAGAUUUCUGGCUCUCACAGACCUGUAACUUCUUCUUUAAGAGGCUCCUCUGUCCUCCACUCGUUACCUGUAUUAAUGGCACCUGUUUGAACUUGUUAUCAGUAUAAAAGACACCUGUCCACAACCUCAAACAGUCACACUCCAAACUCCACUAUGGCCAAGACCAAAGAGCUGUCAAAGGACACCAGCAACAAAAUUGUAGACCUGCACCAGGCUGGGAAGACUGAAUCUGCAAUAGGUAAGCAGCUUGGUUUGAAGAAAUCAACUGUGGGAGCAAUUAUUAGGAAAUGGAAGAUAUACAAGACCACUGAUAAUCUCCCUCGAUCUGGGGCUCUACGCAAGAUCUCACCCCGUGGGGUCAAAAUGAUCACAAGAACGGUGAGCAAAAAUCCCAGAACCACACGGGGGGACCUAGUGAAUGACCUGCAGAGAGCUGGGACCAAAGUAACAAAGCCUACCAUCAGUAACACACUACGCCGCCAGGGACUCAAACCCUGCAGUGCAAGACGUGUCCCCCUGCUUAAGCCAGUACAUGUCCAGGCCCGUCUGAAGUUUGCUAGAGUGCAUUUGGAUGAUCCAGAAGAGGAUUGGGAGAAUGUCAUAUGGUCAGAUGAAACCAAAAUAUAACUUUUUGGUAAAAAACUCAACUCGUCGUGUUUGGAGGACAAAGAAUGCUGAGUUGCAUCCAAAGAACACCGUACCUACUGUGAAGCAUGGGGGUGGAAACAUCAUGCUUUGGGGCUGUUUUUCUGCAAAGGGACCAGGACGACUGAUCCGUGUAAAGGAAAGAAUGAAUGGGGCCAUGUAUCGUGAGAUUUUGAGUGAAAACCUCCUUCCAUCAGCAAGGGCAUUGAAGAUGAAACAUGGCUGGGUCUUUCAGCAUGACAAUGAUCCCAAACACACCGCCCGGGCAACGAAGGAGUGGCUUCGUAAGAAGCAUUUCAAGGUCCUGGAGUGGCCUAGCCAGUCUCCAGAUCUCAACCCCAUAGAAAAUCUUCGGAGGGAGUUGAAAGUCUGUGUUUCCCAGCGACAGCCCCAAAACAUCACUGCUCUAGAGGAGAUCUGCAUGGAGGAAUGGGCCAAAAUACCAGCAACAGUGUGUGAAAACCUUGUGAAGACUUACAGAAAAUGUUUGACCUGUGUCAUUGCCAACAAAGGGUAUAUAACAAAGUAUUGAGAAACUUUUGUUAUUGACCAAAUACUUAUUUUCCACCAUAAUUUGCAAAUAAAUUCAUUAAAAAUCCUACAAUGUGAUUUUCUGGAUUUUCUUUUCUCAUUUUGUCUGUCAUAGUUGACGUGUACCUAUGAUGAAAAUUACAGGCCUCUCUCAUCUUUUUAAGUGGGAGAACUUGCACAACUGGUGGCUGACUAAAUACUUUUUUUCCCCACUGUACCUGUAUGUACCUGCCUGUACCUGUCUGUCUCGCUGUCUGUACCUGUCUGUACCUGUCUGUACCUGUCUGUACCCGUCUGUACCUGUCUGUCUCGCUGUCUGUACCUGUCUGUACCUGUCUGUACAUAGUCGCUUUGGAUAAAAGCGUCUGCUAAAUGGCAUAUUAUUAUUAUUAUUAUUACAUGUCUGUCUCGCUGUAUGUACCUGUCUGUACCUGUCUGUACCUGUAUGUACCUGUCUCUACCUGUCUGUACCUGUCUGUACCCGUCUGUACCUGUCUGUACAUGUCUGUACCUGUCUGUACCUGUCUGUACCUGUCUGUCCUUUUCAAUCUUCACAUUGUUAGUUGUUGAUUCCUAACUCCCCUCUCUCUCUGUCUGUGUGUACCAGUGUGUGUGUACCAGUGUGUGUGUACCAGUGUGUGUGUACCAGUGUGUGUGUACCAGUGUGUGUGUACCAGUGUGUGUGUACCAGUGUGUGUGUACCAGUGUUGGUUGCAUGGUUCCUCACCCCCUCUCUGUGUGUCUACAGUGCAGCCAGAUCCCCCAGAGGCAGUAACAGCAGUGGGGGUGGUAGGAUACCCCAUGGUUCUCCGGGUGUACUGGAGGUACCCUGCCUCCUGGCUCCACGACGCUGUGCCCUUCCCCCUCGUCUUCCAGCUCCGAUACCGUCCUGUAGGAUCCAGCGUCUGGUCAACCGUCAGUUCCUCUAUUAUCAUACUGGAGAUUAUAUUAUAUUAGUCAGUUCCUAUACUAUCCUACCCACUAAUUAUAUUAUAUUAGUCAGUUCCUAUACUAUCCCCCUAUAUCUCUCCCCUCCCCCCUCCCCUAUAUUCUCCUAUCCUCCCCUCUCCCUAAAAUAUCUCAUCUCCCCCUCCCUCCCCCUAUAUCUCUCCCCUCCCUCCCCCUAUAUCUCUCCCCCCUCCCCCUAUAUCUCUCCCCUCCCUCCCCCUAUAUCUCUCCCCUCCCUCCCCCUAUAUUUCUCCCCUCUCUCCCCUCCCUCCCCCUAUAUCUCUCCCCUCCCUCCCCCUAUAAUCUCUCCCCUCCCUCCCCCCUAUAUCCCUCCCCCUCCCUCCCCUAAUAUUUCCCUUCUCCCCUCCCUCCCCCUAUAUCUCUCCCCCUCCCCCUAUUCCUUUCCUUAAUAUCUUUAUCUCCCCCCUCCCCCUUUCCCUCCCUCUAUAUCGAUCUCUCUCUUUUCUCUCCUCUCCUUCUCUUCCCCCUCCAGGUGGAGUCUAAGGCCAGCCCCCUGUUGAUAACCGACGCCCUAGCAGGCCACGCCCACCAGCUGCAGGUGAGAGCCCAGGACGAGAUCAACCCAGACAGCCAGUGGAGCGACUGGAGCCCCCUGCUGCAGGGCUGUCCAUGGAGCGGUGAGAACACUACUGUGUCCCAAAUGGCCCCCUAUUGCCUAUUCAGUGCACUACUUUUGACCAGGGCCUUCCCAGCUAACCAGGAACAUUCCCAGAACAUUAGCUAAGACCCCCAUUAAGUGCUAGUUAGGGUUUUAUCUAACGUUACAAUGGAAACAUCCCAAAAAACAUUCAAAUAAUGUUUUUGAUAGCAAAUGUUGAUUAUUUUUGUUUUUUUAAUGUUUUAAAUGAAAUAUCCUUGGAAUGUUCUCCUAAUAUUCACCAAAAUGUUCCCAGCAAACCAAAAUUGGUUCUAUGAAAGUUUCCAGAACAUUUGUUAGGUUGUGGCAAAUGUUCUCAUAACACAAAAACUGUCCGGUCAUGCUGAUGAUUAUACAAUGUUUGUAUAAAACAUUCACCUGAUGUUGCAACAACGUUCCCAGAAACACAUUUAGUCUGUUAUUUAAAGGUUCCCAGAAUGUUUCAUUAGGUUGUGGGAACAGUCUGGUGGGAACAUUGUGGGGACAUCACAAAAGAUGGGAACUGUCCAGUUGUGCGGAUGAUUAUAAAAUGUUUAUUUUAGGGUGCAAAAAACAUUUACCUGAUGUUACAAGAACGUUCUUAGAACAAUUUUUUAAAUGAUUUUUAAAAGUUCCUAAAACAUUUAUUUUGGAUGUGGGAACAUGACAAGAGGUUCCCACAACACUACAACUGUCCAGAUGUGCUGACAUUCCUUUGAUGUUGUAAGAAUGUUGACAGAACACCUGGUCUAAGUUCUUUAACACUAGAACCGUCUGGCCUUUCAGUCUAUAAGUACCCGCUAGAGAACGUUGAGGACGUUGCAGGGCUUAUCCUUUAGCAAACGCAUCAGGUGCAUAUCAACCCGCAAGGUGUGCAAACAUAAGCACCAACGCAUGAUAAAUAGUGCAUAAACAAUUAUAAAGGAUUAAUUGCAUGAAGAAAUAUUAGUGGAAAUAUAUCCAUUAAAAAAUAUAACAACAAUAGUUAUUUGUUUAGAUAGAGGAUAUGUUUGGUGUAAUUCUACAAAGGCCUAGUGAAAAACGUAGGCCUAAAGCCCAUUGGACACUUCCAGCCGAUGACGCAUCAACAUUCUAACAGUCUAAUAAAUACAUUUCAUAUACUGUAUUAUAUCGGAAGAACAAUCAUUUGGUUGUUUAUGAAGGUCUUACGUAGCAUUAGAAUACUAAAAAAAAUAUUAUUUCAAAGAACAUAAUAACAUUUUCAUUAGUUUAUGUUACUCAAGGCUAUAAGUAAAAACUAAAAUCACUAGUUCAAGAAGAAGUCCAUCAUACACUGAACAAAAAUACAAACACAACAUGCAUGUGACGAGGUGUGAAUGACGGAGUCAGGCGCAGGAGGUAAAACACAGAAAUCCAGAGUUUAUUCAGUGUACAUGAAUAAAGCACAGCAAGCGUCAAAACGAAACUAGCACAAGGGGAAAAUCCACCUUGGCUACAUACAAGGAAAGAGUAGCUCAACCGAGUUACUCACUCUCACAAUGAACAAUCACUCACAAAGGACAAGGGGGGCAGAGGGAACACUUAUACACAGACUAAUGAGGGAAUGACUACCAGGUGUGUGUGAUUGACAAGACAAGACAAAUGGAGUGAUGAUAUAUGGAGCGGUAGUGGCUAGUAAGCCGGUGACGACGAACGCCGAAACCUGCCCGAGCAAGGAGGAGGGGCAGCCUCGGCUGAAUUCGUGACAAUGCAACAAUUUAAAAGAUUUUACUGAGUUACAGUUCAUAUAAGGAAAUCAGUCAAUUGAAAUAAAUUGAUUAGGCCCUAAUCUAUGGAUUUCACGUCUGGGAAUACAAGAGGUAGGGGUGUGGAUAAAAAACACCCGCAAUAAUAUCUGCUAAACGUGUAUGCGACCAAUCAAAUGUGGUUUGAUCUGGUGUGACCACCAUUUUCCUCAUGCAACGCGACACAUCUCCUUCACAUAGAGUUGAUCAGGCUGUUGAUUGUGGCCUGUGAAAAGUUGUCCCACUCCUCUUCAAUGGCUGUGCGAAGUUGCUGGAUAUUGGCGGGAACUGGAACACGCUGUCGUACACGUCGAUCCAGAGCAUCCCAAACAGGCUCAAUGGGUGACAUGUCUGGUCAGUAUGCAGGCCAUUGAAAAACUGGGACAUUUUCAGCUUCCAGGAAUUGUGUACAGAUCCUUGCGAUAUGGGGCCGUGCAUAAUCAUGCUCAAAUAUGAGGUGAUGGCGGUGGAUGAAUGGCACGAACAAUGGGCCUCAGGAUCUCGUGACGGUAUCAUAAGGUGGCUUAUGAUAGAGAAAUUAACAUGACAUUCUCUGGCAACAGUUCUGGUGGAUAUUCCUGCAGUCAGCAUGCCAAUUGCACAGUCCCUCAAAAUUGAGACAUCUGUGGCAUUGUGUUGUGUGACAAAACUGCACAUUUUAGAGUGACCUUUUAUUGUCCCCAGCACAAGGUGCACCUGUGUACUGAUCAUGCUGUUUAAUCAGCUUCUUGAUAUGCCACACCUGUCAGGUGGAUGGAUUAUCUUGGUAAAGGAGAAAUGCUCACUAACAGGGAUGUAAAUAUAUUUGUGCACAACAUUUGAGAGAAAUAAGCUUUUUGUGCGUAUGGGACGUUUCUGGGAUCUUUUAUUUCAGCUCAUGAAACAUGGGACCAACACUUUACAUGUUGUGUUUAUAUUUUUGUUCAGUGUUAUUUUGUUUUGGCAGGUCUAAAGAAACAUUGUGGAAUUUAAAGGCUAUUCUACCAAAUACUAAUUGAGUGUAUGUAAACUUCUGACCCACUGGGAAUGUGAUGAAAGAAAUAAAAGCUGAAAUAAAUCAUUCUCUCUACUAUUAUUCUGACAUUUCACAUUCUUAAAAUAAAGUGGUGAUCCUAACUGAUCUAAGACCGGGAAUUUUUACUAGGAUUAAAUGUCAGGAAUUGUGAAAAACUGAGUUUAAAUGUAUGUGGCUAAGGUGAAUGUAAACUUCCGACUUCAACUGUAUGUGUCCAUACAAUGUUGUUCUGCACUAAGAUGACUGUUGACUGAUGUUACAGAAUCAUACCCUGAUUUAUCCUGACUUUCUGGCAAUUGUGUAAUUCAUAAACAACUUAUCUAUUGAAAUGCAAGGAAGACCAAUUACAGAAAUUAUUACUAUACCAAAACAUAAAAAAUAUAACAAUAUUUAACUCAAGUCAACCUUACCAUCAUGAUUGUAAUACAGUCGUCAGUAGUGUUCACAUUAACCUACUGGAUCUCCUUAGCACAAACAAGAAUAUGAAACAGACAGACUGACUACAGGUGCAAAGACCAUCCACACCCACACCCUGCUAGUAACAGUCUGACUGCAGGUGUAAAGUCCAUCCACACACCCUCCUAGCAACAGACUGACUGCAGGUGGAAAGACAGCUAAGGUCAGCUAACAGGAUAGCCUCUUCGCUCCGGGAGCUAGCUAGCUAUCAAUGUUCAAACGUUGCCUAACCUAGCUAGAUAUCUAGCUAAUGUAGCUAGCGAACAUUAGCUAGCUAGGUGGCUAGUUAGUACCUAUGUUCAACGUUGAUAGACACAAACAGAACGAUGUAUAGAAUGAUUGCAGAAAAAGGCACACAAGGAAACAUUUAACCAAGGUAACGUUAGCUAGCAAGCUAACGUUAGCUAGCUAAAGUUAACUACGUCACUCCCCAGCAACAGUUUCAGCAAACAAAGCAACAACUUUUACUUCAAAUAAUUAUUACCUUAAAAACCUCUUAAGGAUUGGACCCUUUUUGUAAAAAAUUUACCUAAAAUGACAUACCCAAAUCUAACUGCCUGUAGCUCUGGACUUGAAGCAAAGAUAUGCAUAUUUUUUAUAUCCUUUGAAAGGAAACACUUUGAAGUUUGUUGACAUGUGAAAUUAAUGUAGGAGACUAUAACACAUUAGAUCUAGUAAAAGAUAAUACAAACAUCAUCUUUGAAAUGCAAGAGAAAGGCCAGACAGUGAUGUAGGAUUCUAGAUGUAAUUUAGAUGUUGUCCACCAGAUGGCAGCAGUGUGUGUGCGCAAAGUUUCAGACUGAUCCAGUGAAGAAUUACAUCACUACACAAUAUUUUGUUUCAAGUCUGCCAGGAGUUUUUACCAAAUGUGCCGAAUUGGUUUUCAAAUACAUAACUAUAGAGAACAUACAAAAAUGCUAUGGUAAUACAAAAUGUAAGUUUGCACACUCCCAGGAAUGUCAUAAAUGAUGGAUCAUUAGCUUCCCUAUAGAAAAGACACUAACCUUCACACAUCUAGAUGGCCGGGCGGGGUGGGUAUGGAGUCAGAGGUCAAACUGUAGAACCCAGUUCCUACAUUUGAAUAUAAAAAUUGAUGACAAAUCAGAGCAAGAUUACUGAAAGUAAGUACAUUAUUUACCUUCAGAGGUGAAUGUACCAAACCAGUUGCCGUGAUAAAAGUGUUUUGUUGUUGUGCACUAUCCUCAAACAAUAGCAUGGUAUUUUUUAGCUGUAAUAGCUACUGUAAAUUGGACACUGCAGUUAGAUUAACAAUAAUUUAAGCUUUCUGCCCGUAUAAGACAUGUCUAUGCUCCGGAAAGUCGGCUGUUGUUUACAACACCAUUCUAGUCACAUAUCGCAUAUUGAGCAACAACCGUCCCGUAUAAGGGUCACCGAUCCCGUAGAGGUUAAACAGAGACUGUCCCUAAAAAGGAACAAAUCCCUUUGAAGACAGCCUGUGGCAUCGAUAUGAGUCAGAAACAUUUAUUCUAGUGUGAAAAUUGACUACAAAAGUGUAAACAGGAUAAUGUUGGUCAUCAAGUCAGUCUCAUCUAAAACGGAGUUUGGAACCUCAGUGUGUCACAACAAGUAAAUUAAGGUUGGGUUUGGAUUACAAAUAUGUCAACAAAUCACGUCCCCUUUCGUCAAGCUCCACGUGCAAAUCGCCCCUCUGCCCACUUCGCUUCCCUUCAUUGAAUGGGGCUUGUUGUUUCGUCGCCCCCAAACGCGUUCAAAGGAUCACGGGCCGUAUACGGAUUGACCAUGCCUCCGCAGCCAAAGUUCUAUGGUUUGCAUACCCUGCCGAAGGACCGUAGUAUUCGGUCGGAAUAGUUGUUGUUCCCAAGUAUUCACCAGUAUUGCUAGCUUGGUGUGCAACGACCGGUAGUGGUGAGUAUAACCAGAGAUACUGGAAUAUAAUGACCUCUCUGGUAUAACUUAGCUUAUGACGUUAUAUAACGUUAUUGCUCCUUAUGUAGGUACCCUGUACCUAUCUUUUGAUAAAACGAGGCAGGCUAGAUAACAUUUUAUAUAGACUGAAAGCCCCCCUCAAUACCACAGCUAUCCCCUGGUGGCGCAUAGAGUUAAAGAUCUGGCUGCAUACGAAGUGUAAAACAUUUGACCAACUGCCUCGAUUCGGACUUAUGUAGCAACAUUUGGAAAAUGUGUUUUUUACAUUGAAGAAAAUUAGAGACUCAGAGCUAGAAAAUUCAUAAAUCAUACACUGCAGUUGAGGAACAGUGGGAAAUUAAUUCUGCUUUGAAAGUUGAUAAACUUGUAACCCCACAAUUUGAGAAAAUGGCCCAUGAAUGUUUUGGUACACCUACUGGAGAGCUCUUCUUUGUCUACACCUAUUCAGCAUCGUUCCCACCCUCUUAAGCCUUAGCCCCACCCAUCUCUUUAAGGAUUCACAUGUGAGACCAUGUGGUAAACACAAGCUAUAUCAAAUAAAAUCUAAGUUUAUUUGUCACAUGCACAGAAUACAGAAGGUGUAAACGGUACAGUGACAAUACUUGCAUACUUGCAUAGUAGCAAUAUCAAACACAGAAAGUGUCCAAAUAUUAGGUAACGCUUACCCUACACACUUGUCUGCUUGUCUGCUUGUCUGCUUGUCUGCUUUGAUGACUUCUGAUUGGCCAACAACAAUCUCCACGCUCGACUCUGGUGAAAAGCAAAGAGUAGCAGAAUAAAUUAUACAAUCUCUCUCUCUCUAUAUAUAUAUAUAUACUGCACAGAUCUGUAUCGGUCCUUCUGGACAAGCCAGUUAAAAUGACACAUACCCAAGACCCGUGACAAUCAUAUCAGAUCUGACCCGGACCCGUGACAUUAUUUAGAAUUCCGCUCGGGUCCUGGAUCGGGUCUCGGGUACUCGGCUACAGGUGUAUCCGUGAUGACCUCUAGUUCCAAUCUUGUUUCUUGUACUUUAAGGAACUAGAACUGUGCAUGCUUAGAAAUGUUGUAGUAAUAUUAGAUAAAACUUAAAUAUAAAGUUUAUUAAUGUUCUCUUGAAAUGUUCUGAGGACCUCCAAGACAAGGUCAAAUGUAUAUUGUGUGAACAUCAAUGGAAUAUUAUGUUAAACCUUAAACAAAUAUGCUUUGAACGUCAUAAAAACUGACUUAUUUGGAAAAUGAGGAACAUUGUGCAACAUUGUUCGAAUGUUCUGUGCCACCUCUUAAGUACAAUAUGUGAAUAUCACAAUAAUAUUCUUGCAACAUCCCAGACAACUCCCAUAACUUAAUUAAGUGUAAAAUCAAAUCAAAUGUUAUUUGUCACAUGUGCCGAAUACAACAGGUGUAGAUUUUACCAUGAAAGUCUGACUUACGAGCCCUUUCCCAACAAUGCAGAGUUAAAAACUAGCCUUUUUACACUGGAAUGUGAGAUGUAAUCCACACCUCGAUUAGGCUGAUAGAAAUCCUCAUUAUUGAGUUUAAUGAUUUUCAAUUUGAGCGUAGUUAUUUCUAUAUAGCCUACACUUUCUCGUCUAAUACGAGUGGUGUGGGUGUGGCUUCGUGACAAUGAUCAAGAGCAGCUCCAAUGCAGUUCCACCUCCGACAUCGCCAAUACAUCAGCUAUACGGGUGUCGGCUGGCGCCACUUAACACUUGAUCUGAUUGAAUCUAGGCCUUAAACAUUGUAUGAAUGUCAUCACAACUAAGCAUAUUUUGUGUUUUGGGAACCUAUCUCUUGUAAUGUACCCACACAUUUACAUUUACGUAAUUUAGCCGACGCUCUUAAGUCGCUCUCUUAUCCAGAGCGACUUACAAAUUGGUGCAUUCACCUUAUAGCCAGUGGGAUAACCACUUUACAAUAUGUUUAUUUUUUGUUGUUGGGGGGGUGGGGUAAGGGGGGGUAGAAGGAUUACUUUAUCAUAUCCCAGGUAUUCCUUAAAGAGGUGGGGUUUCAAGUGUCUCCGGAAGGUGGUGAGUGACUCUGUCCUGGCAUCGUGAGGGAGCUUGUUCCACCAUUGGGGUGCCAGAGCAGCGAACAGUUUUGACUGGGCAGAGCGGGAACUGUGCUUCCGCAGAGGCAGUGGUGUAAGGCACUGCAUCGCAGUGCUAGCUGUGCCACUAGAGAUCCUGGUUCAAUCCUGGUUCGAAUCCAGGCUCUGUCGUAGCCGGCCGCGACCAGGAGACCAAUGGGGCGGCGCACAAUUGGCCCAGCGUCGUCCAGGGUAGGGGAGGGAAUGGCCGGCAGGGAUGUAGCUCAGUUGGUAGAGCAUGGCGUUUUCAAUGCCAGGGUUGUGGGAUCGAUUCCCACGGGGGGCCAGUAUGAAAAAUAAAAUAAAAAAUAAUGUAUGCACUCACUAACUGUAAGUCGCUCUGGAUAAGAGCGUCUGCUAAAUGUCUAAAAUGUAAAAAAUGUUCUGGGAACCUUUAAAGAACUAUUCUCUCAACAUUCUUGCAACAUCAAAGGAAUAUUUUAUGCAUCCUGAAACAAACAUUAUCUGAACGCAGCACAACUAGACCGUUUUAGUGUUUUGGGAACCUAUCUCAUAUCCCCAUAAUGUUCCCGCAACCUAAAUAAAUGUUUUAGGAAUAUUUAAAGAACAUAAAACAUGUGUUCUGGGAACGUUCUUGUAACAUCAGGUGAAUGUUUUUUGCACCCUAAAAUAAACAUGGUAUAAUCAUCCAUACAACUGGACAAUUCAUCUUUUGUGAAGUCCCCACAAUGUUCCCACCAGACUGUUCCCACAACCUAAUGAAACAUUCUGAGAACCUUUAAAGAACAGACUAAAUGUGUUUCUGGGAACGUUGUUGCAACAUCAGGUGAAUGUUUUAUGCAAACAUUGUAUAAUCAUCAGCACGACUGGACAGUUUUUGUGUUAUGAGAACAUUUGCCGCAACCUAACAAAUGUUCUGGGAACUACCACAGAAGCAGUGUUGGUUUGCUGGGGCUGCAUGGAGGGUACAUUGUGAACUGUCUACAACUGGACCUUUAUUAGCACAGUGUUUGAAUAGACUUUACUUUCUCACUACAGUUACUUGGUCGGAGGUGUGGUUAACAGGUCUUGUGUGUCUUUGUGAAUCCCUACAGGUGGCGCUGCCGAGCCUACUGAAGAAACGUUUCCUGUCGACUACAAUGACUCAGACACAGACCCCUCUACAGCUGACACCAAGUCAGAGAGUAAGUUAGCCUUGUCUUAGCCAGAACGUUCCAUAGAGCAGGAGUCUGUCUCCUGUUUCUGUAGCAGUUAGCCUUGUCUUAGCCAGAACGUUCCAUAGAGCAGGAGUCUGUCUCCUGUUUCUGUAGCAGUUAGCCUUGUCUUAGCCAGAACGUUCCAUAGAGCAGGAGUCUGUCUCCUGUUUCUGUAGCAGUUAGCCUUGUCUUAGCCAGAACGUUCCAUAGAGCAGGAGUCUGUCUCCUGUUUCUGUAGCAGUUAGCCUUGUCUUAGCCAGAACGUUCCAUAGAGCAGGAGUCUGUCUCCUGUUUCUGUAGCAGUUAGCCUUGUCUUAGCCAGAACGUUCCAUAGAGCAGGAGUCUGUCUCCUGUUUCUGUAGCAGUUAGCCUUGUCUUAGCCAGAACGUUCCAUAGGGUAGGAGUCUGUCUCCUGUUUCUGUAGCAGUUAGCCUUGUCUUAGCCAGAACGUUCCAUAGAGGCAGGAGUCUGUCUCCUGUUUCUGUAGCAGUUAGCCUUGUCUUAGCCAGAACGUUCCAUAGAGCAGGAGUCUGUCUCCUGUUUCUGUAGCAGUUAGCCUUGUCUUAGCCAGAACGUUCCAUAGAGCAGGAGUCUGUCUCCUGUUUCUGUAGCAGUUAGCCUUGUCUUAGCCAGAACGUUCCAUAGGGCAGGAGUCUGUCUCCUGUUUCUGUAGCAGUUAGCCUGUCUUAGCCAGAAGUUCCAUAGAGCAGGAGUCUAUCUCCUGUUUCUGUAGCAGUUAGCCUUGUCUUAGCCAGAACGUUCCAUAGGGCAGGAGUCUGUCUCCUGUUUCUGUAGCAGUUAGCCUUGUCUUAGCCAGAACGUUCCAUAGGGCAGGAGUCUGUCUCCUGUUUCUGUAGCAGUUAGCCUUGUCUUAGCCAGAACGUUCCAUAGGGCAGGAGUCUGUCUCCUGUUUCUGUAGCAGUUAGCCUUGUCUUAGCCAGAACGUUCCAUAGAGCAGGAGUCUGUCUCCUGUUUCUGUAGCAGUUAGCCUUGUCUUAGCCAGAACGUUCCAUAGAGCAGGAGUCUGUCUCCUGUUUUCUGUAGCAGUUAGCCUUGUCUUAGCCAGAACGUUCCAUAGAGCAGGAGUCUGUCUCCUGUUUCUGUAGCAGUUAGCCUUGUCUUAGCCAGAACGUUCCAUAGAGCAGGAGUCUGUCUCCUGUUUCUGUAGCAGUUAGCCUUGUCUUAGCCAGAACGUUCCAUAGAGCAGGAGUCUAUCUCCUGUUUCUGUAGCAGUUAGCCUUGUCUUAGCCAGAACGUUCCAUAGAGCAGGAGUCUGUCUCCUGUUUCUGUAGCAGUUAGCCUUGUCUUAGCCAGAACGUUCCAUAGAGCAGGAGUCUGUCUCCUGUUUCUGUAGCAGUUAGCCUUGUCUUAGCCAGAACGUUCCAUAGGGCAGGAGUCUAUCUCCUGUUUCUGUAGCAGUUAGCCUUGUCUUAGCCAGAACGUUCCAUAGAGCAGGAGUCUGUCUCCUGUUUCUGUAGCAGUUAGCCUUGUCUUAGCCAGAACGUUCCAUAGGGCAGGAGUCUGUCUCCUGUUUCUGUAGCAGUUAGCCUUGUCUUAGCCAGAACGUUCCAUAGAGCAGGAGUCUGUCUCCUGUUUCUGUAGCAGUUAGCCUUGUCUUAGCCAGAACGUUCCAUAGGGCAGGAGUCUGUCUCCUGUUUCUGUAGCAGUUAGCCUUGUCUUAGCCAGAACGUUCCAUAGGGCAGGAGUCUGUCUCCUGUUUCUGUAGCAGUUAGCCUUGUCUUAGCCAGAACGUUCCAUAGAGCAGGAGUCUGUCUCCUGUUUCUGUAGCAGUUAGCCUUGUCUUAGCCAGAACGUUCCAUAGGGCAGGAGUCUGUCUCCUGUUUCUGUAGCAGUUAGCCUUGUCUUAGCCAGAACGUUCCAUAGAGCAGGAGUCUGUCUCCUGUUUCUGUAGCAGUUAGCCUUGUCUUAGCCAGAACGUUCCAUAGGGCAGGAGUCUGUCUCCUGUUUCUGUAGCAGUUAGCCUUGUCUUAGCCAGAACGUUCCAUAGAGCAGGAGUCUGUCUCCUGUUUCUGUAGCAGUUAGCCUUGUCUUAGCCAGAACGUUCCAUAGGGCAGGAGUCUGUCUCCUGUUUCUGUAGCAGUUAGCCUUGUCUUAGCCAGAACGUUCCAUAGAGCAGGAGUCUGUCUCCUGUUUCUGUAGCAGUUAGCCUUGUCUUAGCCAGAACGUUCCAUAGGGCAGGAGUCUGUCUCCUGUUUCUGUAGCAGUUAGCCUUGUCUUAGCCAGAACGUUCCAUAGGGCAGGAGUCUGUCUCCUGUUUCUGUAGCAGUUAGCCUUGUCUUAGUCAGAACGUUCCAUAGGGCAGGAGUCUGUCUCCUGUUUCUGUAGCAGUUAGCCUUGUCUUAGCCAGAACGUUCCAUAGGGCAGGAGUCUGUCUCCUGUUUCUGUAGCAGUUAGCCUUGUCUUAGCCAGAACGUUCCAUAGGGCAGGAGUCUAUCUCCUGUUUCUGUAGCAGUUAGCCUUGUCUUAGCCAGAACGUUCCAUAGAGCAGGAGUCUGUCUCCUGUUUCUGUAGCAGUUAGCCUUGUCUUAGCCAGAACGUUCCAUAGGGCAGGAGUCUGUCUCCUGUUUCUGUAGCAGUUAGCCUUGUCUUAGCCAGAACGUUCCAUAGAGCAGGAGUCUGUCUCCUGUUUCUGUAGCAGUUAGCCUUGUCUUAGCCAGAACGUUCCAUAGGGCAGGAGUCUGUCUCCUGUUUCUGUAGCAGUUAGCCUUGUCUUAGCCAGAACGUUCCAUAGAGCAGGAGUCUGUCUCCUGUUUCUGUAGCAGUUAGCCUUGUCUUAGCCAGAACGUUCCAUAGGGCAGGAGUCUGUCUCCUGUUUCUGUAGCAGUUAGCCUUGUCUUAGCCAGAACGUUCCAUAGGGCAGGAGUCUAUCUCCUGUUUCUGUAGCAGUUAGCCUUGUCUUAGCCAGAACGUCCCAUAGGGCAGGAGUCUGUCUCCUGUUUCUGUAGCAGUUAGCCUUGUCUUAGCCAGAACGUUCCAUAGAGCAGGAGUCUGUCUCCUGUUUCUGUAGCAGUUAGCCUUGUCUUAGCCAGAACGUUCCAUAGAGCAGGAGUCUGUCUCCUGUUUCUGUAGCAGUUAGCCUUGUCUUAGCCAGAACGUUCCAUAGGGCAGGAGUCUGUCUCCUGUUUCUGUAGCAGUUAGCCUUGUCUUAGCCAGAACGUUCCAUAGAGCAGGAGUCUGUCUCCUGUUUCUGUAGCAGUUAGCCUUGUCUUAGCCAGAACGUUCCAUAGAGCAGGAGUCUGUCUCCUGUUUCUGUAGCAGUUAGCCUUGUCUUAGCCAGAACGUCCCAUAGAGCAGGAGUCUGUCUCCUGUUUCUGUAGCAGUUAGCCUUGUCUUAGCCAGAACGUUCCAUUGAGCAGGAGUCUGUCUCCUGUUUCUGUAGCAGUUAGCCUUGUCUUAGCCAGAACGUUCCAUAGGGCAGGAGUCUGUCUCCUGUUUCUGUAGCAGUUAGCCUUGUCUUAGCCAGAACGUUCCAUUGAGCAGGAGUCUGUCUCCUGUUUCUGUAGCAGUUAGCCUUGUCUUAGCCAGAACGUUCCAUAGAGCAGGAGUCUGUCUCCUGUUUCUGUAGCAGUUAGCCUUGUCUUAGCCUCGUUCCAUAGGGCAGGAGUCUGUCUCCUGUUUCUGUAGCAGUUAGCCUUGUCUUAGCCAGAACGUUCCAUAGAGCAGGAGUCUGUCUCCUGUUUCUGUAGCAGUUAGCCUUGUCUUAGCCAGAACGUCCCAUAGAGCAGGAGUCUGUCUCCUGUUUCUGUAGCAGUUAGCCUUGUCUUAGCCAGAACGUUCCAUAGAGCAGGAGUCUGUCUCCUGUUUCUGUAGCAGUUAGCCUUGUCUUAGCCAGAACGUCCCAUAGAGCAGGAGUCUAUCACCUGUUUCUGUUGCAUGAGGCAGCUUGAAGUACAAUGUUGCUCUUUGAAAAGUGAAAUCUCUUUCUGACUGCUGGAUUAUCUUUCUGUUUUCCAUGACAGAGAGUGCUGAGUUGGCAGAGUAGGGAAGAAUGAGAGAGAGAGAGAGAGAGGAGAGAGAGAGGAUGACUGGAGCUUUAAUUAAAUGUUUAGUAUCAAUCUCUUUGAGCUCUCUGCUGUCCUGCCAGAUUUUUUUAUCUGCUGUUGCCAGAUGUCCUCUAUCUUGUGGAAAUAGUUUUUUUAUGUUAUUGCAUCACACGAACAUUGUACAGAACAAUAUACAGCUAUGGAAAUACAGGGUUCAACUUACAAAGGGAAGUGACUCUCCUAAUCACUCUGACGUCAUUAGACUGUGCAGCUGAACACUGUAUGCUGGAAACACUCAGUUUGUUAUUUUUGACUUAAACAUAACCCAUAUUCGUUAAAUAUAAAUACCGAACUUGUUUUUGCGUGGAUUCUGCAACGCAGUUAGCUUUUAACAGCUGGGACCGCUAUUUCUUGUCCCGGAAUCCCGCUUAACAGACAGGUUGAAGCCUGCUUGACAGAGACGCUAAGCUGCUAGCCAUCAAGCUAACGAAGUAGUGGGCAGAUUUCCUCUUCCUUCUCGCCAGCCGUGAUUUUGGGCAGCUCCAUGGUAAGAAAUGUGACCGUUCCUGGUGCAAAAACAAUUUCCUAUCCAGGAGCUUGAGUAAAUGACAUUACUAAGCUGCUCCCAAAUGUACUACAUCAGGACAUGGAAAUCGAUUCUAUCGUAGUCCAUGUGGGUUUUAAUGACAUUAUGAAGGGCAGCUAUGAACAGUUGAAACUGGAUUUUAAAGAGCUUUACUGGUUCAAAUAGCCGACCAAUCAGCCUGUUACCAACCCUUAGUAAACCUUUGGAAAAAAUUGUGUUUGACCAGAUACAAUUCUAUUUUAUAGUAAACAAAUUGACAACAGACUUUCAGCAUGCUUGUAGGGAAGGACAUUCAACAAGCACAGCACUUACACAAAUGACUGAUGAUUGGCUGUGAGAUUGUGGGGGCUGUUUUGUUAGACUUUAGUGCGGCUUUUGACAUUAUCGAUUAUAUUCUGCUGUUGGGAAAACUUAUGUGUUAUGGCUUUACACCCCCUGCUAUAUUGUGGAUAAAGAGUUACCUGUCUAACAGAACACAGAGGGUGUUCUUUAAUGGAAGCCUCUCCAACAUAAUCCAGGUAGAAUCAGGAAUUCCCCAGAGCAGCUGUCUAGGCCCCUUGCUUUUUUCAAUCUUUACUAACGACAUGCCACUGGCUUUGAGUAAAGCCACUGUGUCUAUGUAUGCGGAUGAUUCAACACUAUACACUAUAAACACUAAAAAAAUUGUCAAAGACUCCAGCCACCCUAGUCAUAGACUUUUCUCUCUGCUACCGCACGGCAAGCGUAUGUGGGAACUCCUUCAAGACGGUUGGAAAAGUAUUCCUCAUGAAGCUGGUUGAGAGAAUGCCAAGAGUGUUCAAAGCUGUCAUCAAGGCAAAGGGUGGUUACUUUGAAGAAUCUCAAAUAUAAAAUACAUUUUGAUUAGUUUAAGACUUUUUUGGUUACUACAUGAUUCCAUAUGUGUUAUUUCAUAGUUUUGAUGUCUUCACUAUUAUUCUACAAUGUAGAAAAUAGUAAAAAUAAAGAAAAACCCUGGAAUGAGUAGGUGUGUCCAAACUUUUGACUGGUACUGUACAUCAGUCUCUCUAUACAUCAGUCUUCACACCCAAGGUGCUUAAGAAAAUAAUAUACAAAUAAUAAUCAUAAUAAAAACAAAAACACAGAACAUUUUACACCGCAGACAAAAAUCUAAGCUAUACAAGUGUUGUCUGAUCCAGUGGACAGGACAACAGAAUUAACAUACAUUCCAUAACUGUUCUCUCUCUUCUGUUCUCUCUCUAGACCCCGAGGAUGAUGGUGGUAGUCUGUUGAUUCUACUGGCCCUGUUCACUGGCAUCAUCCUGGCCCUGGCGUCCUCUCUGUUGGUCCUCAUGUGGUGAGAUAAUAUACCAUUUAUCUGGCCCUGGCCUCCUCUCUAUCGGUCCUCAUAUAAUAAUGAUAAUGAUGAUAAUGAUAAUACCUAUUUUCCUAGUAUGUCGAAAUCAGACACACUCCAAUACACAGUUUCUAUAGCAAGUGAAUUGAAACAUUUAUUCACAUGUAAAUAUUAAUCUUUUUUUGCUUUUUCAAUGUAGGGUGAGGCAAUGGAGGCGGGACAAUGUGACAAAACAGGAACUGACCUCAAUGGUGAAGAUGAAGUCCAUGCCAAUCUAAAGUGAGUGAGCCCUGACCUCUAACCUAUAACCCUUAUCACUAACUAGUCAAAUGGAGAAGUUGAGGUCCACUACUACUCUACAUUGCCUCCAGGAUUCUGCGAUUGCAUAUUUUUUUUGCUAAAUCAAUAAUACCCAGCAUAUUAUGCUAUCGGCUUGCAAAUUUGACAAAUCACCGCACUAUUAUCACAUACAACUGACCAAUCACCGCAGUAUAAAAAGAGGGCUCGCAAUUUCAACCAACCACCGGAUAUUAGAGCUAAGGCAGGUGGGGUGGGGUGGGGUGGGGGAUAUUAGGGCUAAGGCUGGUGGGGUGGGUGGGGGGAUAUUAGAGCUAAGGCAGGUGGGGUGGGGUGGGGUGGGGGAUAUUAGGGCUAAGGCUGGUGGGGUGGGUGGGGUGGGGGAUAUUAGGGCUAAGGCUGGUGGGGUGGGUGGGGGAUAUUAGGGCUAAGGAUGGUGGGUGGGUGGGUGGGGGAUAUUAGGCUAAGCUGGUGGAGUGGGGGAUAUUAGGGCUAAGGCUGGUGGGGUGGGUGGGUGGGGGAUAUUAGGGCUAAGGCUGGUGGAGUGGGUGGGGUGGGGGAUAUUAGGGCUAAGGCUGGUGGGGUGGGUGGGUGGGGGAUAUUAGAGCUAAGGCAUGGUGGGGUGGGGUGGGGUGGGGGAUAUUAGGGCUAAGGCUGGUGGGGUGGGUGGGGUGGGGGAUAUUAGGGCUAAGGCUGGUGGGGUGGGUGGGGGAUAUUAGGGCUAAGGCUGGUGGGGUGGUGGGGGAUAUUAGGGCUAGGCUGGUGGGGUGGGUGGGUGGGGGAUAUUAGGGCUAAGGCUGGUGGGGUGGUGGGGGAUAUUAGGGCUAAGGCUGGUGGGGUGGUGGGGAUAUUAGGGCUAAGGCUGGUGGGGUGGGGGGGGAUUUAGACCUAAGGCAGGUGGGUGGGGUGGGUGGGGAUAUUAGGGCUAAGUGCUGGGUGGUGUGGGUGGGGGGAUAUUAGGGCUAAGGCUGGUGGGGUGGGUGGGGGAUAUUAGGGCUAAGGCUGGUGGGGUGGUUGGGGGAUAUUAGGGCUAAGGCUGGUGGGGUGGGUGGGGGAUAUUAGGGCUAAGGCUGGUGGGGUGGGUGGGUGGGGGAUAUUAGGGCUAAGGCUGGUGGGUGGGGUGGGGGGGAUAUUAGGGCUAAGGCUGGUGGGGUGGGUGGGUGGGGGAUAUUAGGGCUAAGGCUGGUGGGGUGUGUGGGGGAUAUUAGGGCUAAGGUGGUGGGGUUGGGUGGUGGGGGAUAUUAGGGCUAAUGGUGGUGGAUGGUGGGUGGUGUGGGGGAUAUUAGGUAAGGCUGGUGGGGUGGGUGGGUGGGGGAUAUUAGGGCUAAGGUGGUGGUGUGGUGGGUGUGGGGGAUAUUAGGGCUAAGGCUGGUUGUGGUGGUGGGUGGGUGGGGGAUAUUAGGUAAGGUGGUGGGUGGGUGGUGGGGAUAUUAGGGCUAAGGUGGUGGGUGGGUGUGGGGGAUAUUAGGCUAAGGCUGGUUGGGUGGUGGGGAUAUUAGGCUAAGGCUGGUGGUGGGGUGGGGAUAUUAGGCUAAGGCUGGUGAGUGGGUGGGUGGGGGAAUUAGGGCUAAGGCUGGUGGUGGGUGGGUGUGGGGGAUAUUAGGGCUAAGGCUGGUGGGUGGGUGUGGGGAUAUUAGGGCUAAGGCUUGGUGGGUGGGUGGGUGGCAUGCAUUAGGGCUAAGGCUGGUGGGGUGGGUGGGGGAUAUUAGGGUAAGGCUGGUGGGUGGGUGGGGGAUAUUAGGCUAGGUGUGGGGUGGGUGGGGGAUAUUAGGGCUAAGGCUGGUGUGGGUGGGUGGGGGAUAUUAGGGCUAAGGCUGGUGGGGUGGGUGGGGGAUAUUAGGCUAAGGCUGUGGAUGGGUGGGGGAUAUUGAAGGUCUACAGGCUGGUGGUGGGUGGGGAAUCUAGGGCUAAGGAUGGUUGGGGUGCGGGCUUGGAGUGGAUAUAGGGACUCAGCGCUGGUGGGUUGAGAGAAUGCCAAGAGUGUGCAAAGCUGUUAUCAAGGCAAAGGGUGGCUAUUUGAAGAAUCUCAAAUAUAAAAUAUAUUUUGGUUUGUUUAACACUUUUUUGGUUACUUCAUGAUUCCAUAUGUGUUAUUUCAUAGUUUUGAUGUCUUCACAAUUAUUCUACAAUGUUGGCCAGUAGUGUAUAUCCUCCUGAUUUCAGUUCACAAGCAAAAACUCAAACAGGAAGUACCAGUGACAUGUUCAAUACGGAAGUGGUUCGUUGAAGCGGAUGUUAAGCUAUAGGUCUGUUUAGCUAGCAAAGACAUUAAUAUUUUCCAGGAUUCAUCCAAUGGCAUUGAGGAGUAUAAGUGCAUUGAUGACAUCGUCCCCACAGCGACCAUACGUACCCAACCAUAAACCAUGGAUUACAGGCAACAUCCGCACUGAGCUAAAGGCUAGAGCUACCUCUUUCAAGGAGCGGUACACUAAUCCGGGCGCUUAUAAUAAAUCCUGCUACGCCCUACAACAAACCAUCAAAACAGGCAAAGCGUCAAUACAGGGCUAAGAUUGAAUCCUACUACAUCAGCUCUGAUGCUCCUCGGAUGUAGCAGGGCUUGCAAGCUAUCACGGAUUACAAAGGGAAACCCAGCCGCGAGCUGCCCAGUAACGUGAGCCUACCAGACGAGCUAAAUUCUAUGCCUUCUAUGCGUGCUUCGAGGCAAGAAACACUGAACCAUGCAUGAGAUCACCAGCUGUUCUGGACAACUGUGUGAUCACGCUCUCCGAAGCUGAUGUGAGUAAGACCUUUAAACAGAUUAACAUUCACAAGGCCGCAGGGACAGACGAAUACUCAGAGGAUGCGCUGACCAGCUGGAAAGUGUCUUCACUGACAUUUUCAACCUCUCCCUGACCCAGUCUGUAAAACCUAAGUUUCAAGCAGACCACCAUAGUCCCUGUGCCCAAGAACGCUAAGGUAACCUGUCUAAAUGACUACCGCCCCAUAGUGCUCACAUCUGUAGCCAUGAAGUGCUUUGAAAGGCUGGUCAUUGCUCACAUCAACACCAUCAUCCCAGACACCCUGGACCCACUCCAAUUCGCAUACCGCCCCAACAGAUCCACAGAUGACACAAUGUCUAUUGCACUCCACACUGCCCUUUCCCACCUGGACAAAAGGAACACCUGUGUGAGAAUGAUGUUCAUUGACUACAGCUCAGCGUCCAACACCAUAGUGCACUCCAAGCUCAUCACUAAACUAAGGACCAUGGGACUGAACACCUCCCUCUGCAACUGGAUCCUGGAGUGCACUAUGGUCUGUAGCAUUGAAGGUCCCCAAAAACACAGUUGCCUCCAUCAUUCUUAAAUGGAAUAAGUUUGGAACCACCAAGACCCUUCCUAGAGCUGGCCGCCCGGCCAAACUGAGCAAUCGGGGGAGAAGGGCCUUGGUCAGGGAGGUGACCAAGAACCCGAUGGUCACUCUGACAGAGCUCCAGAGUUCCUCUGUGGAGAUGGGAGAACCUUUCAGAAGGACAUCCAUCUCUGCAGCACUCCACCAAUCAGGCCUUUAUGGUAGAGUGGCCAGAUGGACUUGAACCCGAUCGAACAUCUCUAGAGAGAACUGAAAAUAGCUGUGCAGCGACGCUCCCCAUCCAACCUGACAGAGCUUGAGAGAAUCUGCAGAGAAGAAUGGGAGAAACUCCCCAAAUACAGGUGUGCCAGGCUUUUAGCGUCAUACCCAAGAAGACUCGAGGCUGUAAUCGCUGCCAAAGGUGCUUCAACAAAGCACUGAGUAAAGGGUCUGAAUACUUAUGUUAAUUUAAUAUUUCCGUUUUUUAUUUUUUAUUUUUUAUAAAUUUGCUACAAUUUCUAAAAACCUGUUUUUACUUUGUCAUUAUGGGGUAUUGUGUGUCGAUUGAUGACUGAAAAAAAACUAUAAUAUCUGAAUGUCUGUCUUUCUUUCUGUCCAUUUUCUCUAUAUUCAUCACCCAGCUCUUUCUUUCUGUCCAUCUUCUCUAUAUUCAUCACCCAGCUCUGUCAUUAUGCAGGGCCUGUCUGUCAGAGAAAGGCAUUAUUAGAUGUGAUUUAUAUGUGUUGUUCCUUCUCUCCUCUCUUCCCUUCUCUCCUCUCUUCCCUUCUCUCCUCUCUCCCCUUCUCUUCCCUCCUCUCCUCUCCUCUUCCCUCCUCUCCUCUCCUCUCCUCUCCUCUCCUCUCCUCUCCUCUCCUCUCCUCUCCUCUCCUCUCCUCCUAUCUUACCUCCUCUCCUCUCCUCAGCCUAGGUUGGCCCCUCCUCUCAGCCCUUAUAGGGCCCCUUGUCUCCACCAGGCCACACCCCCAACAGGUGGGUGCAGCGUCCACAAAACACUACCCACAAUCCACCAUGCUACCCACAAGCCAUCUGGAGCGUUUGCCUGGCCUGAUCGCUGCCCGCCAAACGGACAGACAUGGUGGAACGAAUGACUGACUCCACCCACUGGAGUUUAACAUCAUCUGAUUGGCCAUAAGGCUCAACACUACGUACUGUACAGUACAGUGUGGAUCACCACCCAACAACAUAUCUGUCCUCUGACCCUGACUGACUGAACAAGGUAUAGGUUCUGGUACCUUUCACAGUAUUCCUUUCUGGGGACCUGAUGAUCUAAUGGUCCUUUAUUCAUUUCAAAUGCUUCUUCAAAUGUAAGAAGCAUUAUUAUAUAGACCGAUUGGCAUUAUAACAUGUUCUAGACUGGUUAUAUACUGGUUAUGAAGAGGGUAUGGACAGAUUGGCAUUCUGCAGAAUAGGUACUGCAAUUCAGAGGAGAAGGAACGCCCUGCAAACGAGGCUGCUGCUAUUGGUCAUUCGAUGAGGAGGAGGGAACAGAGUUCGGCCAUAUCCAUGCUGGCUAAUUACUAGCAGUAUCAGGAUGAUGUCAUAACUUCCUGUAUAUAGAUGCGUUAAAGGAGGAUGAUGUCAUAACUUCCUGUAUAUAGAUGCGUUAAAGGAGGAUGAUGUCAUAACUUCCUGUAUAUAGAUGCAGUGUCAGGAUGAUGUCAUAACUUCCUGUAUAUAGAUGCGUUAAAGGAGGCACAUUCAACAAAUCUGAUCUAACAAAGUGGAUAUUCGUCAAAUCCGUCAUUAUUUAUGUUUUGUAACAGGCCCACAAUGUGGCUACUUACAGACUCCACCAGACCAGACUAGACUAAACUACACCAGACUAGACCAGACUAGACCAGACUAAACUACACCAGACUAGACCAGACUAGACCAGACUAAACUACACCAGACUAGACCAGACUAGACCAGACUAAACUACACCAGACUAGACCAGACUAGACCAGACUAAACUACACCAGACUAGACCAGACUAGACCAGACUAAACUACACCAGACUAGACCAGACUAGACCAGACCAGUGGUCCUCUGUAGCUCAGCUGGUAGAGCACGGCGCUUGUAACGCCAAGGUAGUGGGUUCGAUCCCCGGGACCACCCAUACACAAACAUGUAUGCACGCAUGACUAUAAGUCGCUUUGGAUAAAAGCGUCUGCUAAAUGGCAUAUUAUUAUUAUUAUUAUUAUUAUUACUAGACCAGACUACACCAGACAACACCAGACCAAACCAGACUACACCAGACUAGACCAGACCAGACCGAUCCCGACAGACCAGACCAGACACCAACCAGACUAGACCAUACCAGACCAGACCAACCACAGACUACACCAGACAGACCAGACCAGACCAACCAGACUAACCAGACAACCAGACUAGACCAGACCAGCACCAGACUAGCCAGACUAACCAGACAGACCAGACCAGACUACCAGACUAGACCAGACCAGACCAGACCAGACUAGACCAGACCAGACCAGACUAGACCAGACCAUACUACCAGACUAGACCAGACCAGACCAACUAGACCAACUAGACCAGACUAGACCAACCAGACUAGACCAGACCUAGACCAGACCAGACCAGACCAGACUAUACCAGACUAGACCAGACUAGACCAGACCAGACUAGACCAGACUAGACCAGACUAGACCAGACCAGACCAGACCAGACUAGACCAGACUAUACCAGACUAGACCAGACCAGACCAGACCAGACUAGACCAGACUAUACCAGACUAGACCAGACCAGACCAGACCAGACUACACCAGACUAGACCAGACCAGACCAGACCAGACCAGACCAGACCAGACUAGACCAGACCAGACCAGACCAGACUAGACCGAAAACCUUUACCUACACAGCAUUAUUCUGCUCUGAUGCCAGUGAUAGUGAUGAUAGUGAUGCCAGUAUAGUGAUGAUAGUGAUGCCAGUGAUAGUGAUGCCAGUGAUAGUGAUGUUAUGUCUUGGUUCUUUACAGCGCUGUGUAGUCAUGUAAAACACAAGGUGCCUUCACUCCAAGUUCCUUUCUGAGAUUAUUUGACAACUGUAAUGUUUUCUCAAGCUAGUACCUAUGCAUGGAUCCUAUUGAAGCCUUGUGGAUGUUGUAUUCUAUAUUAACCAACAGAAUGAAAUAGUUCAUAUAUAUUAUGUUAUUUUUAGAGAUGUUUAGCUAAAACUGUUCCGUAUGCACCAUUCUCCAGUCAAUGAUAUGAAGCUCAGAUACAGUAUAUAUUUCCCAGUCUGUACUCCUUUCGUUCCAAAUGGCACCCUGUUCCCUGUGUAGUGCUGUAUGUUUGACUAGGGCCCAUAGAGCUCUGGUCUAAAGUAGUGCACUAUAUAGGGAAUAGGGUGCCAUUUGGGACGCAGCCACAUUUCAACACACGAUCAUGUUCUUUUCAUGAUUAAUAGUAAUUAAUAUUUGACAUCAUAUUUUUAUAUGCUCAUGUUCUCUGUGAUAAGGAUCGACGGAAAGUGAUUGUCUCAAUGAUAAUCAAAGUGAACUUUAUGCAAUGUAUGAUUUUUACAAUUCAAACCCUGUUUUAAUUAUAUUUCUAAUCCAGUUCAAGUCAAAUUGAACUUCAGACCUAAAGAUGUGUUUGUGAUGGAUAAUGUUUGCCCUACCUCUAACAAUACAUUGUUAUCUGUGCCAAAGCCUUGCUAUGCAUAUAGAAAAUGGCAACUUUUACAUGAGUCAUGGGUCAUGGGUCAUGGGUCAUGGAGUUCACCCCCUAGAUGUCCUUAGAGGUAGUCCACAGUUUCCAUAACAUACUGAAUCCUACAGCGGUCACCCUUCAGUUUCCAUAACAUACUGAAAUCCUACAGCGGUCACCCUUCAGUUUCCAUAACAUACUGAAUCCUACAGCGGUCACCCUUCAGUUUCCAUAACAUACUGAAUCCUACAGCGGUCACCCUUCAGUUUCCAUAACAUACUGAAUCCUACAGCGGUCACCCUUCAGUUUCCAUAACAUACUGAAUCCUACAGCGGUCACCCUUCAGUUUCCAUAACAUACUGAAUCCUACAGCGGUCACCCUUCAGUUUCCAUAACAUACUGAAAUCCUACAGCUGUCAGACUUAAAGUGCAGUCAGUACAAAGUAUACACAAGAUAUCCCAUCAGGCUAUAGGAGCAUUGAGAGGUUCUCUGAUUUGUCAGUCACCUGAGAUUCUCUUUUAACCUGAGAUGCUCAGAGAAGAUGUUCAUUAGACACUGACAUGUCUUCUCCACCAGAGCAUUAUUGAUCACAUCUCUCUGAUUAAAUGUUCUCUCUCUCCGACCGUCACAUACUGAGAUUCUAACACAUGGUUGACAAUGGUGUGUUUUUACCUGACAGUACUGUAGGUUGAAGAGGGAUUAGGGUUGUUGUGAUGGUUAGGGUUGUUGUGAUGGUUAGAGAUAGGGUUAAGGUUGUUGUGAUGUGGUGGUGGCCUUGAUUUUCAGUCUCUACGGUAUAUGCAGGGAUUGACUUGGGCAGGAGCUCACUGGAGCCCAGUACCGGCACCUCAAAUGUUCUACCGAUUGAGCUCCUGUUCCUCUUAUAGAAUAUUAGCUCAAAAGUACUGUGGAGCUCCUGCACCUAAUUAUAAACAGUACCGGCACCCAAAAUGUGUACCGGCACCUAUUUAAAUCCAAGUCAACCACUGGGUAUAUGUAAUAGAAAUUGUCUGACACGUGAGACUAGGAAAUCCUACCACAGGACAUGCUGGCUUGAUUGUAGGCCUAUUAUUAUUGGGUAAAGACAAACCAUUUAUUGGGAAAAUGGUUGAUAAUUGUGAAAAAUUGUAUUCAAAUCAAAUUGUAUUUGUCACAUGCGACAUAUGUGUAGAUUUUACUGUGAAAUGCUUACGAGCCCUUUCCCAACAAUGCAGAGUUACAAAGGUAGAACUGAAUGGUAAAGAAAAUGCAUUUUUCUAUUGCCUGUUUCUAGUAUCAAUGUUCUACCAAAGUCAUUGUGAGGUCAACAUAAUAAUACAUAUUUUAUAUAUGUAUGUAUAUGUAUAUAUAUAUAUAUAUGUAUAUAUAUGUAUGUAUGUAUGUAUAUAUAUAUAUAUAUAUAUAUAUAUAUAUAUAUAUAUAUACAGUGCCUUCGGAAAGUAUUCAGACCCCUUGACUUUUUCCACAUUUUGUUACGUUACAGCCUUAUUCUAAAAUUGAUUAAAUUGUUUUUUCCCCUCAUUAAUCUACACACAAUACCCCGUAAUGACAAAGCAAAAACUGGUUUUUAGAAAUGUAUGCUAAUUUAUAUAAAAUAAAACUGAAAUAUUACAUUUACAUAAGUAUUCAGACCCUUUACUCAGUACUUUGUUGAAGCACCUUUGGCAGCGAUUACAGCCUCGAGUCUUCUUGGGUAUGACGCUACAAGCUUGGCACACCUGUAUUUGGGGAGUUUCUCACAUUCUUCUCUGCAGAUCCUCUCAAGCUCUGUCAGGUUGGAUGGGGAGCGUUGCUGCACAGCUAUUUUCAGGUCUCUCCAGAGAUGUUCGAUCAGGUUCAAGUCCGGGCUCUGGCUGGGCCACUCAAGGACAUUCAGAGACUUGUCCCGAAGCCACUCCUGCGUUGUCUUGGCUGUGUGCUUAGGGUCGUUGUCCUGUUGGAAGGUGAACCUUCGCCCUAGUCUGAGGUCCUGAGCGCUCUGGAGAAGGUUUUCAUCAAGGAUUUUUCUGUACUUUUCUCCGUUCAUCUUUGCCUCGAUCCUGACUAGUCUCCCAGUCCCUGCCGCUGAAAAACAUCCCCACAGCAUGAUUCUGCCACCACCAUGCUUCCCCGUAGGGAUGGUGCCAGGUUUCCUCCAGACGUGACGCUUAGCAUUCAGGCCAAAGAGUUCAAUCUUGGUUUCAUCAGACCAGAGAAUCUUGUUUCUCAUGGUCUAAGAGUCUUUAGGUGCCUUUUGGCAAACUCCAAGCGGGCUGUCAUGUGCCUUUUACUGAGGAGUGGCUUCCGUCUGGCCACUCUACCAUAAAGGCCUGAUUGGUUGAGUACUGCAGAGAUGGUUGUCCUUCUGGAAGGUUCUCCCAUCUCCACAGAGGAACUCUGGAGCUCUGUCAGAGUGACCAUCAGGUUCUUGGUCACCUCCCUGACCAAGGCCCUUCUCCCCCGAUUGCUCAGUUUGGCUGGGCAGCCAGCUCUAGGAAGAGUCUUGGUGGUUCCAAACUUCUUCCAUUUAAGAAUGAUGGAGGCCACUGUGUUCCUGGGGACCUUCAAUGCUGCAGAAAUGUUUUGGUACCCUCCCCCAGAUCUGUGCCUCGACACAAUCCUGUCUCUGAGCUCUACAGACAAUUCCUUCGACCUCAUGGCUUGGUUUUUGCUCUGACAUGCACAGUCAACUGUGGGACCUUAUAUAAACAGGUGUGUGCCUUUCCGAAUCAUGUCCAAUCAAUUGAAUUUACCACAGGUGGACUCCAAUCAAGUUGUAGAAACAUCUCAAGUAUGAUCAAUGGAAACAGGAUGCUCCUGAGCUCAAUUUCGAGUCUCAUAGCAGAGGGUCUGAAUACUUAUGUAAAUAAGAUAUUUCUGUAGUUGUAAUACAUUUGCAAACAAUUCUAAGAACCUGUUUUCGCUUUGUCAUUAUGGGGUAUUGUGUGUAGAUUGCUGAGGAUUUUUAUUUAUUUAAUCGAUUUUAAAAUAAGGCUGUAACGCAACAAAAGGUGGAAUAAUGUAUUGGACCAGGCUAUAUAAGUAUUGGACCAGGCUAUAUACAGUACCAGUCAAAUGUUUGGACACCUACUCAUUCAAGGGUUUUUCUUUAUUUUUACUAUUUUCGACAUUGUAGAACUAUAAAAUAACACAUCAUGUAGUGACCAAAAAAGUGUUAAACAAAUCAAAUUAUAUUUUAUAUUUGAGAUUCUUCGAAGUAGCCACCCUUUGCCUUGAUGACAUCUUUGCACACUCUUGGCAUUCUCUCAACCAGCUUCACCUGGAAUUAUUUUCCAACAGUCUUGAAGGAGUUCCCGCAUAUACUGAGCACUUGUUGGCUGCUUUUCCUUCACUCUGCGGUCCAACUCAUCCCAAACCAUCUCAAUUGGGUUGAGGUCGGGUGAUUGUGUUGGCCAGGUCAUCUGAUGCAACACUCCAUCCCUCUCCUUCUUGGUAAAAUAGCCCUUACACAGCCUGGAGGUGUGUUGGGUCAUUGUCCUGUUGAAAAACAAAUGAUAGUCCCACUAAGCCCAAACCAGAUGGGAUGGCUUAUCGCUGCAGAAUGCUGUGGUAGCAAUGCUAGUUAAGUGUGCCUUGAAUUCUAAAUAAAUCUUGGCCAGUGUCACCAGCAAUGCACCCCCACACCAUCACACCUCCUCCUCCAUGCUUCACGGUGGGAACCACACAUGCGGAGAUCAUCCGUUCACCUACUCUUUGUCUCACAAAGACACGGCGGUUGGAACCAAAAAUCUCAAAUUUGGACUCAUCAGACCAAAGGACAGAGUUCCACCAGUCUAAUGUCCAUUGCUCGUGUUUCUUGGCCCAAGCAAGUCUCUUCUUCUUAUUGGUGUCCUUUAGUAGUGGUUUCUUUGCAGCAAUUCGACCAUGAAGGCCUGAUUCACACAGUCUCCUCUGAACAGUUGAUGUUGAGAUGUGUCUGUUACUUGAACUCUGUGAAGCAUUUAUUUGGGCUGCAAUCUGAGGUGCAGUUAACUCUAAUGAACCUAUCCUCUGCAGCAGAGGUAAUUCUGGGUCUACCAUUCCUGUGGCGGUCCUCAUGAGAACCAGUUUCAUCAUAGUGCUUACUGGUUUUUGCGACUGCACUUGAAGAAACUUUCAAAGUUCUUGACAUUCUGGAUUGACUGACCUUCAUAUCUUAAAGUAAUGAUGGACUGUCGUUUCUCUUUGCUUAUUUGAGCUGUUCUUGCCAUAAUAUGGACUUGGUCUUUUACCAAAUAGGGCUAUCUUCUGUAUACCCCCCCUACCUUGUCACAACACAACUGAUUGGCUCAAACGCAUUAAGAAGGAAAGAAAUUCCACAAAUUAACUUAUAAUCAAUCAAUCAAUCAAUCUUUUCAUAAAGCCCUUUUUACAUCAGCAGAUGUCAGAAAGUGCUUUACAGAAACCCAGCCUAAAACCCCAAACAGCAAGCAAUGCAGAUGUAGAAGCACGGUGGCUAGGAAAAACUCCCUAGAAAGGCAGGAACCUAGGAAGAAACCUAGAGAGGAACCAGGCUCUGAGGGGUGGCCAGUCCUCUUCUGGCUGUGCCGGGAGGAGAUUAUAACAGUACAUGGCCAUUAAGGCCAGAUUUUUUUCCAAGAUGUUCAAACGUUCAUAGAUGACCAGCAGGGUCAAAUAAUAAUCACAGUGGUUGUAGAGGUUGCAACAGGUCAGGACAUCAGGAGUAAAUGUCACUUGGCUUUUCAUAGCCGGGCAUUUAGAGGUUGAAAACAGCAGGUCUGGGACAAGGUAGCACGUCCGGUGAACAGGUCAGGGUUCCAUAGCCUCAGGCAGAAGAGUGGAAACUGGAGCAGCAGCACGACCAGGUGGACUGGGGACAGCCAGGAGUCAUCAGGCCAGGUAGUCCUGAGGCAUGGUCCUAGGGCUCAGGUCCUCCGGGAGGGGAGGGAGUGAGAGAGAAUUAGAGGGAGCAUACUUAAAUUCACACAGGACACCGGAUAAGACACGAGAAUUACACCAGAUAUAACAGACAAGGUACACCUGUUAAUUAAAAUGCAUUCCAGGUGACUACCUCAUGAAGCUGGUUGAGAGAAUGCCAAGCGUGUGUAAAGCUGUCAUCAAGGCAAAGGGUGGCUAUUUGAAGAAUCUCAAAUAUAAUUUGAUUUGUUUAACACUUUGUUGGUUAUUAUUAUUCUACAAUGUAGAAAAUAGUAAAAAUAAUGAAAAACCCUGGAAUGAGUAGGUGUCCAAACUGUUGACUGGUACUGCAUAUAUAUAUAUAUAUAUAUGUCUUGGACCAGGCUAUAUAUAUGUCUUGGACCAGGCUAUAUAUAUAUAUAUAUAUAUAUAUAUAUAUAUAUAUAUAUAUAUAUAUAUACAUGUCUUGGACCAGGCUAUGUAUGUAUCUUUUCUGUUGACAAUUUAUCAGUGUAUCAUAUUUUCUUUCUUUCUUGAUGUGCAUAGCUGUUGGCUGACCAGCAGAGCUUGACUUGGGCAGGAGUACCAGCACAUCAAAUGUUCUACUGCUUGAGCUCCUGCACCUAAAUAUAAACAGUACCGGCACCCAAAAUGAGUCCCGGCACCUAUUUCGGUCCAUGUCAAGCACUGCUGAGCAGUGUGGGAGGGAGGGGCUAGCGCUGUUGGUUUUAUAUGGAGAAAGAUAUCUCUGGUCCAGGGUGUGGUUUGGUUAUGCGCUCAACGUCGCCCUGGACCAGAGCAAGGAUAAAGAUAUUAACAUUAAGACGUCCAUUACAGAUGUACAUAGUGUAUUUCUCUGCUUUGGUGCACAACAAUACGAUAAGCUGUUUUUCUUACUUUAUGUUUGUACUUCUGUGAAAUAAAGUUGAUUAUUUUAUCACACGCUCUAACGCAUUUACUCUUCUAUAGGUUACUACUAGAGGGUUGGAAGAUUAUGGGAACUUUCCCAAAAUUCCCAGGUUUUCCAGAAACCCCGGUUGGAGGAGUCCUUGAUUUCCUGCUUAUGCCCCCAUUUAUAACCACAUUACCAUAGAUAACAUCAAUGAAGCAUAUUUGGUAUAGAUUUGAACAAUUGACUUGCUCUAAGUGGUCCUUAUGAGUUCUCAUUUCCAUCCUGUUGUCAGCCUUACCCAUCCCCCAUCCUGUUAUCAGCCUUACCCAACCCCCAUCCUGUUGUCAGCCUUACCCAACCCCCAUCCUGUUAUCAGCCUUACCCAACCCCCAUCCUGUUAUCAGCCUUACCCAACCCCCAUCCUGUUAUCAGCCUUACCCAACCCCCAUCCUGUUAUCAGCCUUACCCAACCCCCAUCCUGUUAUCAGCCUUACCCAGCCCCCAUCCUGUUAUCAGCCUUACCCAACCCCCAUCCUGUUAUCAGCCUUACCCAACCCCCAUCCUGUUAUCAGCCUUACCCAACCCCCAUCCUGUUAUCAGCCUUACCCAACCCCCAUCCUGUUAUCAGCCUUACCCAACCCCCAUCCUGUUAUCAGCCUUACCCAACCCCCAUCCUGUUAUUACAUUUACAUUUUAGUCAUUUAGCAGACGCUCUUAUCCAGAGCGACUUACAGGAGCAAUUAGGGUUAAGUGCCUUGCUCAAGGGCACAUUUACGUCAUUUAGCAGACGCUCUUAUCCAGAGCGACUACAAAUUGGUGCAUUCACCCUAUAGCCAGUGGGAUAACCACUUUACACUUUUUUUUGGGGGUGGGGGGGGUAGAAGGAUUACUUUAUCCUAUCCCAGGUGUUCCUUAAAGAGGUGGGGUUUCAAAUGUCUCCGGAAGGUGGUGAGUGACUCCGCUGUCCUGGCGUCAAGGAUGAGUUGAUCAGCGAAGUGAGGUAGGGGAGAAGGUCACCGGAGAUGGUCUGGAGAAGAGAGGAGGGGAUGGGGUCAAGCGGGCAGGUUGUUGGGCGGCCUGCAGUCACUAGUCGCAAGAUUUUAUCUGGAGAGAGAGGGGAGAAAGAAGUCAAAGCAUAGGGUAGGGCAGUGUGAGCAGGACCAGCAGUGUCAUUAGACUUAACAAACGAGGAUCGGAUGUCGUCAACCUUCUUUUCAAAGUGGUUGACAAAGUCAUCCACAGAGAGGGAGGAGGGGGGGGGGGGGGGGAGGAUUCAGCAGUGAGGAGAAUGUGGCAAAGAGCUUCCUAGGGUUAGAGGCAGAUGCUUGGAAUUUAGAGUGGUAGAAAGUGGCCUUAGCAGCAGAAACAGAUGAAGAAAAUGUAGAGAGGAGGGAGUGAAAAGAUGCCAGGUCGGCAGGGAGUUUAGUUUUCUUCCAUUUCCGCUCAGCUGCCCGGAGCUCUGUUCUGUGAGCUCGCAAUGAGUCAUCAAGCCACGGAGCUGGAGGGGAGGACCGAGCCGGCCGGGAGGAUAGGGGACACAGGGAGUCAAAGGAUGCAGAAAGGGAGGAGAGGAGGGUUGAGGAGGCAGAAUCAGGAGAUUGGAGGGAGAAGGAUUGAGCAGAGGGAAGAGAUGAUAGGAUGGAAGAGGAGAGAGUAGUGGGAGAGAGAGAGCGAAGGUUGCGGCGGCGCGUUACCAUCUGUGUAGGGGCAGAGUGAGUAGUGUUGGAGGAGAGCGAGAGAGAAAAGGAUACAAAGUAGUGGUCGGAGACAUGGAGGGGAGUUGCAGUGAGAUUAGUAGAAGAGCAACAUCUAGUAAAGAUGAAGUCAAGCGUAUUGCCUGCCUUGUGAGUGGGGGGGGAUGGUGAGAGGGUGAGGUCAAAAGAGGAGAGGAGUGGAAAGAAGGAGGCAGAGAGAAAUGAGUCAAAUGUAGACGUGGGGAGGUUGAAAUCCCCCAAAACUGUGAAGGGUGAGCCAUCCUCAGGAAAGGAACUUAUCAAGGCGUCAAGCUCAUUGAUGAACUCUCCAAGGGAACCUGGAGGGCGAUAGAUGACAAGGAUAUUAAGCUUAAAUGGGCUAGUGACUGUGACAGCGUGGAAUUCAAAUGAGGAGAUAGACAGAUGGGUUAGGGGAAAAAUUGAGAAUGACCACUUGGGAGAGAUGAGGAUUCCUGUGCCACCACCCCUCUGACCAGAUGCUCUCGGGGUAUGCGAGAACACAUGGUCAGACGAGGAGAGCGCAGUAGGAGUAGCAGUGUUUUCAGUGGUAAUCCAUGUUUCCGUCAGCGCCAGGAAGUCGAGGGACUGGAGGGUAGCAUAGGCUGGGAUGAAGUCAGCCUUGUUGGCAGCAGAACGGCAGUUCCAGAGGCUGCCUGAGACCUGGAACUCCAGGUGUGUGGUGCGUGCAGGGACCACCAGGUUAGAGAGGCAGCAGCCACGCGGUGUGAGGCGUUUGUGUAGCCUGUGCGGAGAGGAGAGAACAGGGAUAGGCAGAGGCAUAGUUGACAGGCUGCAGCAGAAGGUUAUCAGCCUUACCCAACCCCCAUCCUGUUAUCAGCCUUACCCAACCCCCAUCCUGUUAUCAGCCUUACCCAGCCCCCAUCCUGUUAUCAGCCUUACCCAACCCCCAUCCUGUUAUCAGCCUUACCCAGCCCCCAUCCUGUUAUCAGCCUUACCCAACCCCCAUCCUGUUAUCAGCCUUACCCAACCCCCAUCCUGUUAUCAGCCUUACCCAACCCCCAUCCUGUUAUCAGCCUUACCCAACCCUCGUGACCCCUAAAGGACAAAAGGACAUUUCUCAACCCAAGAACUUCAACUGGUUACAAUGGGUUGUCGUUGAGACAAAUGAAUGAUGUUCUUCUAGCAACCCCAUAACAAGACGACCCUGCUCUCUUCAACAGAGCUGUGUUGGGGUUUUUCCACUUGGCCCCCGACACUGACUGUCCUGUCAAAGCCCCAUAACAAACAUACAAUAACACCCUUAAUAAGACAACCCUCCUCUCCCUAACAGAGUCCCAUAACCCUUCUCUCUGUGUGAGGUUGUUCCACUCUGCCCCUGGCUGUCUUGGCACCAGUCCUGUCCUGAACAGAGGACACUGUCCUUCCUGUUCGACCGGGGCAGCAUUUCCUGUUUCCUGUCAGCAGGGCACUUAACUGAAGUCACUGACCCUCCUUAAGGCUAAAUAGAGAGGGCCAUCUCAGAAGAGUCUGUUUGUGGCAGUGGUAGUUAUCUGAUUCUGUUACUACCAAACCCUGGUCAAUGGAGGGCCAUCUCAGAAGAAUCAGACUGACACACAGGAGCAGUUUUCAACAUAAAGGUUCAAAAUGUCUAUUUGUACAAAUUAUACCUAUUCAAGUUUUAAAUCAACUUUGUCACUGGUAGACACAAUUCCUGCCUUUUCUGAUGAAAAUAUAAUAAUGAGACACAUUCAUAUUGAUCGGUCGUGUUCUGUUGUAAUGAGAACUGAUCGGUCGUGUUCUGUUGUAAUGAGAACUGAUCGGUCGUGUUCUGUUGUAAUGAGAACUGAUCGGUCGUGUUGUUAUGAGAGGCAGACUGAUUCCUAUUAACAUGUAUCUAGAGCAACACCCACUCACACCCAUUCACAGCUCCAAAGUCCACACAGACACAUCACCUAGCAGACCGAGUGGUCCAGGGCACAGAUUUAUUUUGGAAAAAGAACAACUUUGAAUCCACCCAGACUCUUUACAACACAAGGUACCAAUAUGAAAAUAAGAUAUACACUGUACACACAAAAGUAUGUGGACACCCCUUCAAAUUAGUGGAUUUGGCUAUUUCAGCCACACCCGUUCUUGACAGGUGUAUAAAACUUGAGCAGACAGCCAUGCAAUCUCCAUGGACAAACAUUGCAGUAGAAUGGCCUUACUGAAGAGCUCAGUGACUUUCAACGUGGCAGUGUCAUAGGAUUUUACCUUUCCAACAAGUCAGUUUGUCAAAUUUCUGCCCUGCUAGAGUUGCCCCCGGUCAACUGUAAGUGCUGUUAUUGUGAAGUGGAAACGUCUAGGAGCAACAACGGCUCAACCACGAAGUGGUAGGCCACACAAGCUCACAGAACGGGACCGCCGAGUGCUGUAGAGUAAAAAUCGUCCGUCCUCGGUUGCAACACUCACUACCGAGUUCCAAACUGCCUCUGGAAGCAACGUCAGCACAAGAACUGUUCGUCGGGAGCUUCAUGAAAUGGGUUUACAUGACCGAGCAGCCGCACACAUGCCUAAGAUCACCAUGUGCAACGCCAAGCGUCGGCUGGAGUGGUGUAAAGGUCGCUUCCAUUGGACUCUGGAGCAGUGGAAAUGCAUUCUCUGGAGUGAUGAAUCACGCUUCACCAUCUGGCAGUCCGACGGACGAAUCUGGGUUUGGCGGAUGCCAGGAGAAUGCUACCUGCGCCAAUGCAUAGUGCCAACUGUAAAAUUUGAUGGAGGAGGAAUAAUGGUCUGGGGCUGUUUUUCAUGUUCUGGGCUAGGGCCCUUAGUUCCAGUGAAGGGAAAUCUUAAUGCUACAGCAUACAAUGACAUUCUAGACGAUUCUUCCAACUUUGCGGCAACAGUUUGGGGAAGGCCCUUUCCUGUUUCAGCAUGACAAUGUCCCAGUGUACAAAGCGAGGUCCAUACAGGAACGGUUUGUCGAGAUCAGUGUGGAAGAACUUGACUGGCCUGCACAGAGCCCUGACCUCAACCCUAUCGAACACCUUUGGGAUGAAUUGGAACGCCGACUGCGAGCCAGGCCUAAUCACCCAACAUCAGGGCCCGACCUCACUAAUGCUCUUGUGGCUGAAUGGAAGUAAGUCCCCGCAGCAAUGUUCCAACAUCUAGUGGAAAGCCUUCCCAGAAGAGUGGAGGCUGUUAUAGCAGCAAAGGGGGGAUCAACUCCAUAUUAAUACCCAUGAUUUUGGAAUGAGAUGUUGGACGAGCAGCUGUCCACAUACUUUUGGUCAUGUAGUGUACUUAACAUUUAAAAUUCUAAUUCAAUAAAUAAUAUUCAAACAAAUCAAAAUGCUGAAAUAAAUAAAAUGUGCAUGAUGCAACAUAUCACAUUCACUACACUGUAAAAAAAGACAGCAUCAAUAAUUCUGUUGCAGAAUGACAAUGGACAUAACAUUUGAUUUGACAUGUUAGUGUAUAAUGAGUUGACUCAUUGAUGCCCUCUGCAGGCCAGGGCGUUAAACUGCAGCACACAGCCAUUCGAUAGUGCACAAUUUAGCGAAACGUUUUGCAAAGGAACAAGUUUUGCAACAAAAACAAGUAUUUCUUUUUAGACAAGUUCAGGUUAAUCCCGGCCUGUUUCAAUCUGUUUUCUUCCAUUUAGUACCUAGUGAAUACACCCACAGCUGUUCACCCUCAUCAGGAGAACAAGAUUAUGAGAAGAGACUAAUAGAACUCAAACAUUAUGAUCAGAAAGGAUGAACAUCAUAAAAGGAAUGUUUAAAUAGUGUUGCUCCAAAUGUCAUCUUAUAUAGAAACAAAACAGAUCUCAACAACAGAGAAGCCCUAGCAAGGUUAAAAUGUGACAUCAUGACCUAAUGUGUUCUACAUCAUCACUUAAUAUCAGACAGCAACAGGAGGCUCCACCAAUCAGAAACACAUGGAAGAAUGUACUGCCCUGUUCCCUAAGAUUUUCACCUUCACACAUAAUGUACUGCUCUGUCCCCUUCAGCUUCAUACAUAAUGUACUGCUCUGUCCCCUUCAGCUUCAUACAUAAUGUACUGCUCUGUCCCCUUCAGCUUCAUACAUAAUGUACUGCUCUGUCCCCUUCAGCGUCAUACAUAAUGUACUGCUCUGUUCCCUUCACCUUCACACAUAAUGUACUGCUCUGUCCCCUUCAGCUUCAUACAUAAUGUACUGCUCUGUCCCCUUCAGCUUCAUACAUAAUGUACUGCUCUGUCCCCUUCAGCGUCAUACAUAAUGUACUGCUCUGUUCCCUUCACCUUCAUACAUAAUGUACUGCUCUGUCCCCUUCAGCUUCAUACAUAAUGUACUGCUCUGUUCCCUUCACCUUCACACAUAAUGUACUGCUCUGUCCCCUUCAGCUUCAUACAUAAUGUACUGCUCUGUUCCCUAAGACUUUCCAGUCCAUUCCAUCCAAGUGCACACUUCAGGAGAAGAGUAGAGAAUCAAAUGUUUUUUUUAAAUUUAACCAGGUAGGCCAGUUGAGAACAAGUUCUCAUUUACAACUGCGACCUGGCCAAGAUAAAGCAAAGCAGUGUGAUAAAAACAACAGAGUUACAUAUGGGGUAAAACAACAUACAGUCAGAAAUACAACAUGUAGCCUUUCCCUUUGUCGAUCCAUCAGUAAAAUACCUCACAGCUCGACAUCAAGCACUUCCACACACUCCUGUACUGUACUGAUAGUCACACAGGACACAGCCUCCCAGCCUGACAGUGGAUGGAGGGAGGGAGGGAGGGAGGGAGGGAGGGAGGACGGGACGGAGGGAGGGAGGACGGGAGGGAGGGAGGACGGGAGGGAGGGAGGGAGGGGAGGGAGGGAGGACGGGACGGGACGGAGGGAGGGAGGGAGGGAGGUGGUGGAGGAAGACGUGAUCACUGUGGUGUGA